UCAUAUGUUUUCUUUAAAAAUUCGCUUUACAGCUUAUUUUCCCUUAAAAAGAGAGGAGGGAAGAUCUUACUACGGUGCUUAGGUUUGUCAUCACUGAUUAAAAAUUCAGAACUUGGAUAGCUAAUUUAGGCUAUAUGUUCUUUGGAAAUCUUAAUAAAGUAUAAAAUAAGGUACAAGUUAUAAUAACCACAGGAAGAGCUCGUAGAUCUCUAUAUAUUUAUAGUAAUUAGAAUAUUUUAAUAUGAAAUACCUAAGAAUAUAUUAUAUCUCUACUACUUUCAUAGAAAUGUUCUUUUUGGCAAACUGACCAUUAUUCUUAUAUUAGUUUUUAUCUAGAAAGUUUGAUAUAUAAAACAUGAUUUAUAGAGAUAAUUGCCAAUGUAUGAUUUUUUUUCAUAUCUCAAAAAGGCAUCUCUGGAGCUAAGUGUAUUUGUCAUACAUCUACAGCAUUGUGACAAGAAUUCAAUAUAUUUAAUAAGUCGUUAGAGAGCAGACAUUUCUCUUGGGAUUACGGCAACCUAUGACUAGGAUUAUUCAAGGUUCAACAUUAUUAAAUACCAUAAGAGUUGAAAGAAAAAUCAGUAUAACAUUUAAAAUUCAUUUAACUAUUCCAUUUUAAUGGAGAGAAGAACUACAUAAAACAACGUGGAACUAUAUUAAGAACUAAGCUCUCGCUUUAUUAAUUGUUGGAAAGAAAGGCGUGGAUUUCUUCCAUAGGUUUUCACUGUUUUGCAGUGAAUAGUCUGGAUUAAUUUGAAAAUGCAAGCACACUUUUUUCAUAGAAAAAAAAAUUAAAUAAAACUAUGUAAACUAAGAGAUAAAAGAGAAGACUAAGUACUGGAAUAAACAUUGCAGUCGAAACUAAAGUAACUGAAGUGAAAAUGUUUUCAUAAUGAACUUUUAUGUUUAACAAGCCCAGACACUUGGAACAGUGUAAGCUAUAUUAAAGCCUUUUAUGAAAGGAUUAUGUUUUGUGUGAUGAGUGUUUUAAUAUAAGUAUGGUACACUGCGUAAAAUAUAACUACAUUUAACUGAAAGUAAUUAUAAGAAUUCAGCCAAAAUUAUUUUUCUCCUGCACUAUCACAAAAACUGAUACAGGAAAAAAAAAAAUUUUUUUUUUUUCCUCCUGGAACCUUUCACCAACAUGUCUCUGUUUCAAUUAUUUCUGGCAGUAUACAUUGCAUCUCUGCCUCAGCUACCUUUUAUGUCGACAGUUGGUAGCACAAGCCUUUUAACACACAAAGGGUACAGCACUUCAGCCAAUCUGUGAUAAAAGGGGAAAAAUGAAAUCACUAUGGAAACUGCAGGAAGGAUCUAAAAGCUCUCUUUAUAAAGUAAACGUCUGAUGUUUGUGACUACGGGGUAAGAAAUUCAUAAAUCUGUAUGAUGCUAUCAUUUCUGAUUUGUUAUCACCGCCAAUGCCAACUCGAGGCAGCCUGACCUUGACUUCAUUAAGUGCACAGCUCAGGUGCAACAGGAGGAGGACCACCGUGCUCCCUCCCAGCGCUGCGGUGCAGGGCUGGUGCGGCUUGCCAGAAGGAACUAACUUGCUUGGAAUCUUCCCUUUCUCUCCCUGUUCCAUCAUCGUCAUCGUGUUCUUUUGAUUCACAGAGACUAACUUGAUGGAGCCAGGCACAGGGAGUCACUCUCCUCUGGGGUGUUUCGGUUUGUCUUUCCAUUGAGAAACGCAGCAAGUCUCAGACUCAAAUGCAACUCAGGAAACUAUGUUUGGUCCCGAGACGGGCCUGCCUUUGAUCUUGAAUUGAAAAAAAAAAAAUGUUAACCGUCUCCUUCCACUCCCAAAACUGGUAAAUACCACGGAGAAGCAGCCUCACUUCACCGCGUUCAGUCCCCGAAGGAUGAGGAGGCUGUGGGGACCCUGCUGGGGGACUCUCAUCUGACCCGGGACAACAGUACGCAGAUGGGCCAAAGAGGAGGCUCAAAAAUCAGCCAGUUCUCUGAAGAAGCAGCUAAGUGACUUUUAUAAAAUAGUCACAUUGUUAUUUAAAUAAGGCUCCUUGAUCCUAGCCACCAGUGGAAAGAGAGACUGUGGAGCCCACAGGCUCCUGAAAGUUUUCCAGUGUGAAAUUCUUCAACUUCAAGAAUAGAUUCUUAAUCCAGAAGGAAGGAAUUUUCAAGCUCUCCUUGCACUUUUAUGAAAACAUUUGGAUGGGGAAGACAGAGCAACUGGAGACAACCAGGGUCCCCAUGGCUCUGCCUGCACCUGCACACUCUGCCAAUCGCUGGGAAGCUCUGGGACCACUGCUGGAGAAGCCAGGUUCUGUGCAGGCAGAUGAGUGUCACAGCUGUAACUGAGGCACAGAGCAAUAAACGUAGCGAGCCAAUUUCCAGGACGGCAAGAGGGGGCACCGGAGGUGACAACAAUGACAAGCCCGCGCUGCUGACAAGUUUUAGCGGCCAGCACUGAGUAUCUUCAGAACCCUGGGAACCAUCAGAAGUGACACCCUCUUCGAAUUGAAAGGUAAAAAAUUCAACAUUUUUUAAGGUACAAUCUUCAGACCAUGUCAUGUACUCCUUGCUAGCACCGCUAGAAAACUGCCUCCUAAAUGUGACUGUUAAAAUAUGAAUUAUUUUUUAAUAUGAAAGGUGUAAAGAGAAUAGCUGAGAGGAUUUUAUUGUUAAGGCUUCUUCAAAAGAUUCACUACCUUUUGUUAGCAAAAUGCGAUCAGGUACUUUACGUGUUUCCUUUUUCAGCCUUGGAAAUAAACAGCUUUUAUCUCUGUAGAGAAAAUGACCAUGGGGGGAUUCAUGUAAACAAUCUUUAUUUUAUGUAGAUUUGAUUCCCAGAACCAGUAAAUUACAAGCUAGGGUUACCUGAUGUCAAAGGUCUCUUCUGCCUUAAAAAUACUUCAUAAAGUGCUAGUUUUCGGGAAGAAUGCCCAGGGAUGUCUUUAUUAUUAUAAUUUCAGUGAUUGGCUAAUGCUUAUCUUUCUUUAGUUAAGCAACAGUCAAUAGUUCUAUGUUCCUGGGUGUAAGUAAAAAUUGUGGCUGGAAUUAAUUUUUAAAUAAUUCAUUAUUUAAAGUUUUUUUUUUUUUUUCCUAGACUAACACAUCCAGGCUUUGUUAAGUGGGGUUUUGCAGAGUUUAACUCGUAGUUCCCACCCUACGCAUUCUCCCUUCAGGUCUUCUUGAAGGUAACAUUUGCUGAGCGGUUAAUUUCACAAUAAAUAUUUAAUUCUAGGUAUCUGAAGACAAAUGCUCCCUGGUAUGUAUCUGUAUGUAUAUGGACAUAUUUUAAUAGAAAAUACCUUCUAAAUUUCACGUCUUGCUUUGCUCAGCUGUUAUUUCCAAGGACUUAAGUGAAUAUUGAAUAGCGUUCCAUUCCCCGAAAUGAUUAAAUUCACUCUGAAGAAUCUGGGGAAAAGGCCUAUAAUGACAUUUUGAUGACUUUCAUUUUAAGGUGUAAUAGAAAUUGAGUAAAAUAUUUUAAUAGCUAUUCUCUUAAUAUCUCAUUCCAAAUACAAUGUUUUUAUUGCUCAUUCUAGCUUACAAUUUUCUAGUGCUAAUAAUGGUGCCUGGUAAUUGUUUCUUAUAUGGAAGUCAUUUUAGCCUUAUGUAAAAGUUAUUUCAGAAGAGUCUUCAGGCAUUUAUCUCAGCUCAAACAAUUGCAUUUUAAUUCUUGAGAUCUAACAGUAUUUCCAGAUUGCUUCGACUUUAAUUUGGUCUAGCAUUUCCUGAGGAUAAUUAGUUGUUUCUUAAAGAAAGGACUACAUGAUAUGAUGACUUGUAGUUUAAAAAAGAGAACCAAAAUGGUACACAAGCAAGAGGAGCUUGAGAAACAGAAGGAAUAAAUACCACGCACUAUCACAAAACUGAUUUUACGUUGCUUUCCAGAUGCAAACUAUUUUUUAAAAUUUAAAAUUGAACUAAGUAAUAAAAGAAAUCCUGCAUGUAAAUGUACAGCCAUUGUAACUAUUUGUAUUGAAUAGAUAAAUGCAGACAGAUAACUUGAUAUGCUUGUGCCUGAGGUUACCAGAAACACCACUGCACCUCGCUUCUUCCAGGAGAGGUACACACAAGCAAAGCUAAUCACACAGCUUUUAAAUAAUAAAAUCUUUGGGGAACUGCAGUUGUGACAUAUUAGAUCAAUUUUCAUGUAAAUCAAAAUGAAAUUCUUACAUCAAUUUUCUGUGCAAGUUACACCAAGCCAAUAGCUUCCAAAGUGCAUUGUUCAAAAUGGUAAUUAGAAAAAUAUUUCAUGCAAUUUAAAAUAAUUAAAGUGAGUAUUUAAAGUCAGAAUACAAUACAGACUACAUAUCACUGAAUUAACAUGCCAUUACUGCAGUGUUCCUAAGAAUAAAAUGAAGCUCAUGUAUUUGAUUAUUCCCUUCUAAUAUUUGAAAAUAUCGCAAAGUUUGCUUUAUGUCUGUAAUUAAUAUACCUUUCCAAAUACCACUGUCACAGACCAAAAGGUUACUGAUAGUUUAUUUCUGCUUACCAUAAUUUUGGUUUUUGUCUUUUUGGUAUGCCAUUAUUGUUUUCUGGAAAACUGUGCUGAUGCUAACGCUAACCUGUCUGACCUAUUUGUCUGAGUUUGGGAGAGGAUCUCAAAACUUAUUUGAUUAGAAUUUGGGUGAAACAUCAAGAUCUUGAAUGUUAUCUAAGGGAUUAUUAAUAGGUGGAUUUUUCCAGUAGCUGUUAAUUCUUUGUAAAAUUUAAUAAAAGCUUUAUUUGAGCUAUCUUUUAUUUUCCACGACUUCAUCCAGGUUACUUUAGAGAGUUAACUGGCAGGGGAGGAGCCUUCUGAGGUAGCUCACAAAGAUAUCACCCCCAAGCAGCUGUCCCAGCACAUUGCAAAGGGCACAUGAUCGCAUUCAUUUACAGGUUUCAUAUUUAAUCAUUGUUGUGAUCCAGCAGCAAAUUUUAAUUUGCAUUGCCAUCAUUUGGGUAGCUUUUUAAAAAUGAUACCAGAAUAUUGGAGAAAUAAGGGUUGUUAAAAAUCUCACACAUUUGUGUCACUCACUAAUAAUUAUUCAGACUUCCAAAUGUGAAAAUUGUAUUUGUCUAAGGAUGCUUGUGAUCUCUUUUUAUAGAGAUGGUCUAUAUAUACUUGUAAUGACCUCAAAUUCAUCUAAGGUAUUAGACUUCAUGAUUCUCUGAUGCUACACCAGUGUGCAAAACUUUUUGCUUCAUUAAUAACUCUAAGACAUACAUUUAUGUCUUAAUGUUUCUUGACAGUAUUUAGCCACAGCAUACUUCCUUUGUAUAAAUCCAUGAAUUUCUUACAUUUUUCUGGCAAUUGAGUUCACAGUUCAAAUGCAUGUACUGAAAUAUACCAUUAGAAUUGGGUUCCCUUAAAGGCAGAAACAUAAAGUCACAUUCAGGGGUUGGAGCAUAUGGUGUCCAGUUAAUUAUAACAGCCUUAAGAUUUUUAACAUAGUUUACUGCAGAUAUCUUUAAAAUGUUGAAUUUCCAGGAAGUAUUUGAAGAAUUCAGAUUGCCAAAUAGGAAAUUAAAACACAGAAAUCAAAUACCUUAUUUUUUAAAAAAGUCUCUUGUAUGGAUUUAGCAGUUGUUCACUCAUUCAACAAACAUUCAUUCAGUGCCUACCAUGUGCCAGAAAAGUAUUCUUGUGACUCUUAGUAGACACUAGGGAUUCAAUAUCCAAUAAUAUUAGCCUGAUUUUGCAUAUUUUAGAAAUUUCACUAGUUUUACGUACAUCAUCAAUCAGCUCCUAAACUUGUCAUUUUGAAUCUUGUGUAUCUCCUCUUUACCCUUAAGACUUAAAAUUAUAUGUAUAAUUAAUAGGGCUUAAAAUGUAUAUAUAUAUAUAAUUAAUAUAUAUCAGUUUAGAAGAAUAUGGAUCAGAAGAAUAUGGAUCAGAUAAGCCAGAACAUGCUUUAGAGAGUUAUUUUGCAGAAAUGCAUUUAAAUGUGUUGUCUAAAUAAAUCCAUUCCCCUCCAUUAUUCAGGCCCACAAGGCAGCAGACAUUAAACAGGUUAUUCUGUUUUUACCUCUUUCUUUCAAUGCUUCCCAAACUGUUUAAGGAUUUCUAAUUAGAGUUAUUAAUGGCUAACAUUGUUUUCUACAGACUAGACAGUGUCUAAGGCCUUCAUGGCUGUUUCCUAGUUGCCUCUUCUCAGUCACCUUAUCAGAAAGGUCCCAUCACGGUCCUGUGUGCAGAUGAGGAAACUGAGACUUUGAAAAGUUCAGUAACUUCUUCAAAGUCACAAAGCUAGGAAGCAGCUACGAUGAGUGAAAUCUUAAGCACUUUAGGUUCUGUUAAUUUUCUAGUCACUCAAUAAAUACCACUGAUUCUCCGUGAUGUUCUAGGUUUGCUCUAGAUUCCUGAUAUAAAGUUGUAGCCACAAUAGGGUUUAAAGCCCUUAGAUUUACUGUCUUUAGAACCAAGGUCUGGCGUAACUACCGGGAUGCUUUGAUUUUCCUGUUCCCCUCUGCCUCCAGGGAUCUCCAGAGCUAAUAAAGUACAAUUACUACGUGGCAAACCUUUUUAGGUCUUUUAUCAUUUGAGCUCAGUCUUUCUAACUGCACCAUUGCCUGUCACUAAACACAAACUCUGUACUGGAAGGCUAAUUUUCUCACUACCCCCAUGAAGUUUGUUUUGGAUUUUCUUGGAUCGUUCCUGCAUUAAAAACAAGUUUGCCCUGGCUUUCUCAAAGUCUCUACCCUCAGGCAAUCUGAGUAAAAGCAAGCCUGUCUUUGGAACAAAAUCCUAAAUAGUCUUCUAUUUGCAUGGAUCAGUUGAUCCACGACAUUUGCAACAACUGAGACAGUUGGAGGCUAGAUGUAGCUUCACAGGUUCUUGUGUCUGUGUUUGUGGAUGUGUCCAGCUGGCAGGUUGGCGUGGAGCUCAGGGGGCUGGCAGUGAACUAAGGCAGGGAAGAAAGAGGGAGUAAGACUGGACAGUUUGGGAGCAGAGGUCCACUGCCUAGCACGGUGCCUGGCAUUAGGGGUGACAGCUAGUACACACUUGAGACGAGGAAGAGAAGAGGAAAGAAGGAAACAGAGGAGGAUAGCUAAAGAGAAGGGUGCAGGAGAACAUGAAACAGUUCUCCUGACUCCAUAACCCAAGGCCUCCAAAGAUCUUUAGAUAUUUAUAUUCAGGUUAGAGAUCCUGUUUCAGAAUAUAUAUAUAUAUUCUGACUUUCAAGUAUGCUUUUGCCUUUUAAUAGAGUAAGUUGUCCCUUGAUGGAAAAGGUGUCACUUUUGCCAAUAUUCAUACAUUAUUUUUGAAAUAAAGCAAACUGCUGGUGUUUUGAAAAUCAAAUCCCAAGGUGUUCAUGUUUGUUUUUCCACAUUCAGGCCCACAAUCCAACAGGCACCUAGCUGGUUUCCUCUACCCAAGAAAAGCCAUUUCCUUAUCCAUUAUAAAGUUUUCUUAGUUAACACUACAUGUUGAAUUUUUAGCAAUAAAUCCAAAUCAACCUUCACAUAUCUAGUGUGAGUCUCCUCUAUUAACGAGCAGCUUUCAAAGUUAAUUUUAUUUAUGUUUUUUUAAAGUUUACUAAAAAUUGUAGUCUUGAGAUUGCAAGGUACAUAGAUGGAUAAAGAGAUAAUAUAGAUUCAGAUAUUUUAUCAUAGGUAUUCAAACCCAAGUUAUUAAGACAGAAAUUUUACUGCAUAUGGAGACCCACAUGGGUAUUUCUUAAAGCAACUACUAUAUAACAACUUCUGUUAUUUUAUCAGUAAGAAUUAGAUUUGCAAAGGUAGAAAUGAAUAUGGGGCUUACCUUGUUAUUACUUUGUAUAUGUGUAGGACAUUUUAACUUUCUGGGUAAAGCAAACUGGAAAAGUUGUUUCCUAAACCAGUGAGUGGAACAGGUGUGUGUGCUCUCCAACUUUUGGGGGUUUGCACCUCUGGAGCUGCUCCCACAUGCUAGUUGAGAUACAGCAAGGAUGAAGUUUCGGACACAAGGUUGGAGCCAUCCUGCUUUAGAUGCAAGGACUCUUCCUGCAGUCUGCAUUGUAACAGCAGCAGCUGAGCAGGCCGUGCGAGUUCCAAAAAUGAACCGUGCUCCAAACACUUAACUCACGCUGUGUUGAUGUCCGUGGAUCACAGAGGACGAGCUUGUCUCUCCUCUGACCCCAACUUUCCAUGGGCCUUUCAUUUUGACACUAAUUUCAGGCAUGAACCUUGGCACUCAGCUCCAGGGUGUAAUUGCUGGUAUCUCACUGCCACCUGGGUGCACAAAGAGACCAGCAAACGGAGAGCAAAAUUUAGCCCCUGCGAUUUGCCCUAAGAACACGCCACAGGCAGUGGGAAAGGGAAAUAUUUAAUCAGCAGUGUUUUCAAUGCAAUUCCAAUCAGCUAAGCUGGUUGAAGAUUUUGUUUUCCUCUGAAUUAACUGGAUGUUGUCUCUUUGUAAAAAGAAAGCCUCUCCCUCUUCAGUUCACCUUAAUAUACGUUUGGGGGUGUUGGUUAUUAAUUUGAAUGUAGAGUCAUGUUCAUUUGAAUCCAUAUUGAAUACUAAUUUGAAUGCCUAAGAAAGAUACUUAUAAAUAUGCUAAGUUAAUAACUUAUUUUGGCCAAAAGAUUAAAAACACCAAAAGUUUCUAGAGGGUUCUGUUUGGUUGGUUGUCUGGAGACUUAAUAUGUAAAGGCUGUAAGUGACGCACGAAUAAUACCAUUCCAUUUUUAGGACAAGUUGUAUGAUGAUGUUGUUGAUCUUUAAAAAAAUUCCAUUUGGUGACAUUUACAAAAAUAGUUUCGUGUUAGCAGCUUUUAAUUUUAAUUUUAAACGAACAUUGAGAAUGGUAGAUCAUUUCAGUGACGAGGAAGUUAACCAGAAGGUGCACAGAACGUAGCGGAAAUGAGGCACCGAUGGUGUUGGAGUUGGUUGUGACUUUCCCUCAGUCCCGGGAGAUGGUUUUGACAAGUGAGGGUGUGAUACGGUGCAGAAUUAUCUGUACUUUCAAAACACUAGAAAUACUUGAACUCAGAGUCUGAGAGAAUUCACUUUAAUUCUAAUGGCUCGGUGCCAUGAAAUUCUGUCCACUUGAUUUCACCCAGAUACCCCCUGGAUUUCUAAUAUUUAUGGACAUUUUAAGUCCUUCCUCCAUUUAUCACUUUAAUAGUACUAUUUGAAUUUUUGACUGGGUGAAUACAGUUAGAUGUGUGGUUACAUGUAGUGGUAAAUUUCUGAUUCUUUCCCAUAAAUACCCCCCCCCCCCAAAAAAAAACUUUUUUAAAAACAGGAUGUCCCUACAUGGCUCAGGCUAGCCUUGAGCCACUACAUAGCAUGUGCUGGCCUUGAACUCACAGAGAUCUUCCUGCUUCAGCCUCCUCGAGUGCUGGGAUUACAGGCAUGCAUCACCAUGUGCAGUGAAAACAAAUGUUUUAAAGAGUUCAGAAUUUUUAAAUAGUCCAGGGAAUUUUAUUUUUUUCCACCCCAAGUUGGAUAAAAUUUGAUAUAGUAUAGAGCCUUUGUAACUGAUAUCUCUUUGACCUGAUAUUCGUGAUUAUUGUCACAAAUUUGGAAAAGAUUUACAGUCUUUCAUUCACUUAACUAUUGUACAGUCUGCCACUCAGCAUAUUUAUGUCAUCCAACCAGAGUUGCUAACGCACUGUAAAGAAUUUUAUAAAGAAACAAUGUGAUCUUUCCCUCAUUAACCAUAACAUAAGCGGAGAGAGAAAAAGAACCAUAAAGAACUAAUUGGAUAGUGUGGUGAAAUUACUAUCAGCAAUUAUCUUCAGUACCAUGAAGGGAAAAGUUAUUUCCUCACGCGCAGAAAGCAAUAUUAAUAAUCAAAUAUAGCUUUUAAGCUCAAAAUAUGGUUCAGAUUAUUUGUUAUGUGAACCAAACAAAGAAUAUUUAAAAUAAAAGCUAGCUCUCCAAAAUGGAUUUUAGGAUAUUCAGUUGAUUUCAUCAGCAAAACCACAAGAUUUUUAUUCCAUGAGAACUUUUAGACCAUUUGGCUCUGUUGCACUUUUAAUAAUUAAACAAUGAAAACUUACAAAGACCUCCCUUUGUUAAAGAUUGCAACAAAAUGUGAGUGGAUGUGUGUUGGACCUGGAAGGUUACGGGAAUUUAUUAUUGCCUUAAUUAUGCUUCCUGAUAUUCUUCUAAAAUUUGUACAUUAACUCAACAUAAAUGAAGGUAUGGAUAACUGCACGUAUGCUUAAAUGUAUAGGAUUGACAACCAUGUUACUAAGUUUUUGCUGGGUAGUUGAACAGAACUGUGUGCAGUCUUGCUGUUUGAAUUCCCACUUUAUAUGCUCCACUUUUGUGUCUUGAACAACUAUUUGUAAAAGGACAGUAUAUAAACAUCAACUAGUGAUUUCAUACUGUUUAUUUUUUCUCUGAACAUAUGUAUUAUUUCUACCCAUUUUCUGUUUUGUUUAGUCUUCCUUUAAAUAAAAUUUUAAAAAAAUAAAAUAAAAUUUGUACAUUAAUAUAAGAAAAGUGAUUUUAAAAUAGCAUUGUUGCUUAUGCAUCUAUCUUUUGAAAUACUUCAAUUUCCUCACUGUCUUGAGAAGAUGAGCUAGUACAUUUUACAUGAUGGAAAAAGUUUCAAACUGUAUUAUGUGGUAGCCGGGCGUGGUGGUACAUGCCUGUAAUCCCAGCACUUAGGAGGCUGAGGCAGAAGGAUUGCUAUGAGUUUGAGGCCAACCUGGAUUACAUAGUAAGUUCAAGGCCAAUUUCAACUACCUAAUGUGACCCUUUCUCAAAAAACAAAUAUUUAAUUUUCAUGGGUAUACAAAGCCUGUACUUCAUUCUCUGGCAUAAAAAAAUAUUAUGCCACUUAGCCACACAGAUAAGAAACAUCGUUCCAAAUAAAAUCUAACAUUAAGCAAAGAGCUUUGGGAUUGAUUCGAUUCUCAUUUUCUAGCUUGAAUAUAACAUUUUAAGGCUGUAAAUAAAAACAAUAAUUUUGUAGGCAUGUUUUUGUCAUCAUUUUCCAAGAAAGCCAGACUUUAACCAGCCAAAUAUUUUUUGAAAUUUCACUUCAAUUUAAACCUCUGCCCUUAGUUACUCAUGUUGAAAAGCAAAAGCCCAGUGAUGGCUUAACUUUUCUCAUUUUUACCUUGUAGUGUUUGUCUUUUGUAGAGAGCAGAGUUUCUGGUUAUUUCUGAGACCUCUGCCCAGGCAGGGAAGAAUUUGGUAGAAAAUGCACAUGCAUCCCUCCCUCCCUCCUCCUAUGGGCAGCUCGUGGCAUUUUCUAAGCAGGGAAGGAUGGAUGUCCUUCCUGUGAAGACAGGGAGAGGCUAACUCUCCCGAGACGGACCAUCCUCUUACAGGAAGGGACUUGCACUGGACUCCCCUGGGAGAAUCAGGCAGAAGGACACUUAGGGGGGGUCCCCUGGGAGCCCAAGUGGCAGCAGUCUCUCUAGGAUCUGGCACUCAUGUCUCCCAGUGUCUUUGGGAGGGAGAACUUCCUCCCGUGUAAGCAGGCAGUGGUCGCAGAGUCAGGAUGGGCCUCCUCCCUGAAAUUCUGCGCCACUCCCCAGUAAGGGGCACCCCUCCCUGUGGUCCCCCAGCUGCACUACACUUUGACAGCCUUUGCAGGAGGCACCUCUGAGCUCCAAACAGCAUGAGAGGGUGGCAGGGAAGUUCUUCAACGGGAUCCCUGUGCCUGCCGUCCCACUCCCCAGCCAGAGAGGAGGAACAGGAAGACAGGAGGCUAAGACGCAUUAUUUCUGACCUGUCUCCAACAGUGUACGUUUAGGCUUCCACUGUUUGCAAACAAGAGAAACAAAACAAAAACUUGAGAAGAUGAAAGUAUUAAACAUUGGGGAGCAUGGUAUACGAUCAAAUUUGUAAAUGAGAAGAGAUAAAAUUUGGGGGAAAAAUCAAUUGUUUGAUUGUAUACUCAUCUCUUUCACAGUUUUCCUCUCACUUGCUAGCUCACACUGCCCGGCAUCUCUUUCAAAUUUAGAUUUAGGGGCUGGAGUUUAGCUCAGCAGCACAAGCACCUGCCAAGCGCAAGGUCAUGAGUUCAAGCCCCAGCACACACACACAAAAAAGUUUUAGUUUGGUACCCCGGAAGGCCAUGAUUUAGAGGGGGUUUCCUGGCAUAUUUUGCUCUCAGCAGAUGGCACGCCUCCUUGGGUAUAUCUCCAGUGUCUCUUCCAUAACCAUUUAACUUGGACGUCAAUUAUUCACCACCAGUGAGGUCUUUGCCCCAAUAAUGUAGCCAAAAUGUUUUGGAUAAUGGUGCUUUUAAAUGGUACUUCCUAGGCUUCAUCUUGAAAUAUUUAAAUAUAAAAUCCAGGUUAUAGCCCUCCAGCAAAGUCCAGGGGCACAGAGCCAUUUUCUUGGAUCUCUGGUGAAUUCAUUUCUCCUCAGUAAUUAAUGAGUUUCAGGUUUUCAGGUGCAUGUUCAUUUUUCUAGGCUACAUUGACUUGUUACAGCUUCUGCCACUUUUACAUUGGAGUUUGGAGCCCCGUGAUUGGAGGGUCUCCAGUGGUUUGUGAGAAGCUAAUAUUCCGAGACCUGCGCACACACUCUGAAUAAGGUGGUGCCAUUUGAGGAUCUUCUCAGCUGGUGUCUGCUUUCCUCGUUCAUUUCAGGGCUCAGAAGUAGCAAACUUUAUGUCAAGCAGAGUACAGGAUCCGGAAUCAAACCAAAUUAUAUUAAAUGAUCAGCCCUUACUAUUUUUUUUUUUUUUGAGACGACGUUUUGCUACAUAGUUGAGGCUAGUCUUGAUCUCAUUGCAUAACGCACACUAGCCUCAAAUUCAGCGAUUCUUCUGCCUCAGCCUCCUGAGUGCUGAGAUUACAGCUGUGCCCCACAUGCUUGUCACUCAGCCCUACGAUUACUGUGGGCAAAAUGCUUUGUACAUUUGAAACAUAUUUUCUUUUUUGAAACAAGGACCCUAAUACCUCUAAUAUUUUUGAGCUGCUUCCCAUAUGUCUGGCAUCAUAACCACGAGGAUGAUAAGGAAAUUCUUAAUAUUAAACCAUUUACUAUAGAAGUCUGGAGCAGUAAAGAAAGCCUACCCCCAAAUACUGAAGUAGUGAGUCCUCUUGUGUUUUGGUUCUUUUAUUUCAAUAUAAUUUGUUCUUAGAAAAGGACUGACAGGAUCAAGAGGUGUGUGCAUAAUACAGUUAGUUUUCAAAACAGCCUUUAGUGUAGCCUUGCAGGAUGGGAUUAGAGUAAUGUUAAUUCCAUAGUAUUAAACUAUAUUUCACCUGCAAUGCUGCAUUGCAUGCUGGUGCUGUUUGAGGGUGCUCUUUGUAAGUGAAGUGGCUGUGGGUUGCUGUAUGCUGUGAGAGUUGCUUUGUGCUUUUUGAGGCUGUAGACGGUGCUUUCAACCUGUUGCAUGUAGCUCCUUCUCAGUAAAGAUUCGGGAUAAACACUUGUUUUCUGGAACCAAAUGCUAGACUACAGGGCAAGUUUUAUACCUUAGAUGAGAAGUGGAUGCCAUUGGCAGAAGGGCUUGACAUUUUCAGGGAGUGGUUUCAUUGCUUUAAAGAAUUUUCUGUUUGUCAUUUGUAGGACUGUUGAUAAUGAAAAAAAAUAUGAAUGAUUUAUGUGGAAAUGAAAUCUUCAUUCUAUUGCGGCUUUAUCUGCUGCUCCUUUCCAAGACUUUCGUAACUUCACCUUCUUCUCCUACCUCGUCUGCAGCCCCUGAAGUCUGUGGGAUGCCUGCGUGUGUGCAGAAACUCAGAAAUAGCACAGUUUCUUUUUUCCUUUCUUUCUUUUGUGUGCUCUCUGGAGCUCACCCAUGCAUGAUGUUCCAGUUGACUUCAAAGGCAAGUUUAUGGUUGGAUUAGCUUCACAGGACAGACAGCAAGGUAAGAAACAGGCUUAGUGCUUUCAGGACUCACUGGGGAGCAGACGAGGCCAAGCUACGCGGUUGUGGUUACCACGAUGAAUUGGUCACUCAUGUCCUCAGGGAAGAACAGAUGUGGCGUUUCCAUGGGCAUAGUGUCCUGGAUGGAGCUUUGGAAGUACUUGUGAAAAAUUCUCAGGCCGAUGGAGCAAGUGAUGAAUCCCUACUGUAGUUACUCCACUCGGCGCGGAAUGGCUGCAGGGGAUGUAUUCAGACAUGCACAGAGAGGUCUGCCCACGGUGAAACAAGUGGGGGUUUAAAUCAGGUGUGUGAAGAAUGCUGGAAACAUGGCUUUUUGCAAAUAUAUGCAUAUAUUUGCAUCUGUGUUUGGCAAAGAAAGUUGGAACCCUGCUGGCUCAUUUGUCCUUCUGGUGCUUGUAAAAUGCUAUAAAAUCUAGACUCAACUCUAACCCACUCUUUUUUCUAGAACUUGGUACAUUCUAAUCCAGUCCAUUCACCGUCAUCUACCUUACCACACUUUAGGUGUUAAGAACAUGACUGUGGUUUUUCAUAUUCAAGAAGAAUUUCGAUUUUGGAGAUGUUUUAAAAUUGAGACUUGAACUUUGAUAGGUUUUAACAUUUGUCUAUUUCCUUUGGAAAGCAAAUGCUAUUUGUAAUAUAUGAGUUAGCUGCAGGAAACCUAAAGAAAUUACAUUCAAAUUACCUUCAAAAAUAGACAUGCACAUUUUCUUUAAAUAACUAUUAAGUGGCUCAGAGCAAGCAAGCAAUAGUAACAUCCUCAGAAAAUAUAAACCACAUUUCCUUACAGGAUGAAGUUGUGCUUAAUUACCUGUGUUUUAAUUCAUUCAGAAACUACAUGAUUUUUGUUGCUAUAUUUGUUAGAAAGGAAGGAGAGACUGUUUCUACAGGUGUCAUAGAAAAAUCAAUACUGAGCCACGGAUUAUUGAAUCCUAUAGAACCAUGGAGACAUGGCAGUGAAAUUCUUCCAAAGCAUUCCACCCAGGCAGGCAGACGGUGUUCCUAGCUGGGAAGCAUAAAUCCCACGGGAAGUCAGCUAAAGAACAUUUAUGCAUCAUUCAUCCUAUUAUGAGCCCUGGGCUCUUCCAUCUCUCUACAAGUUGGCAGUUAAAGGACAGAAACAGCAAUAAGACUGUCUGGCUCCAUUUUCCCAGUGCCGCCAGCUGGGAGUUAAGCUGACUGACGUUGUGAAAGCCUGGCCCAUUUCGUUCACAGCAGGAAGAGACAGCUCAGAAGAGAAUGUUUUCACAUGUAAAUAUCACAGGAGAAGUGUCCACUCUUAACCAGAAAGGACCUUAUUGAUGGGCUCUGUCAGGAUUCUGAUCAUUCUUUGAGCAUCUGAGAUACCCCCAAGUCACCCAGAAGGUUGGACUGAGGCCAUGAAGCACAAUACUUUUAGGCUACUCUACAAAAAUGAGAAAAGCAGAAAGUUAAUACUUAUUAAGUACCUAUUUAGGAGUCAUAAAAUGAAUGUGUCCCAGGGCUGUAGCUGUUUCUAAUGCUUGCCUGUGAUUCCUGUGCUGAUUUUGUGGCAAUCUGGUUACACAACCCUUAAACACAGCACACGCUCGCGCGUGAAGUCUUGAGGAGUGUUGCUGCAGGCCUUUGAAAAAUGACUUUGCUAAUGAUAAGGCUGUUUCCUCAUUCAUCAGCAGAAGUCUUGCAACAUGGGUUUCCAUUUCAAUAUUUACCAGCGAGGCUUUGGAAAACACCGAGGUAGGAAAUACACUAAAAUCCACUUAAAAGUCAUUGUCUCUACUGUCUUGUUGUUUUUAUCUAACCCAAAUUAAAUAGACUGUCUCAGCAACUUACCCACAAGAAUUCAAUUAAUUUUGUGUGGUAUGUGUCUAUUACUUGAAGGCCUCCUGUCUCGUAACUUACACAACCAAGAAAUGAAGACCACUGUAAAUUACUUCACUGGAUGCAAUAGAAAUAUCACUAUAUUGCAAGUAUAUUGCUUUUCUCUCCAGAGGACAGGUUCAUUGUUGUGUUGAUUAAUUAAUAUUCUUUUCUGCUGUAUGCAAGCUGGUUCAAGAAAUUUUUAAAAAUCAUGGUAGCACAGACUACAAAGCAAACAUUGCCUGUUAGACUCAUAGUGACUAGAGAAAUGGUUUUUUGUUGUUGUUGUUGUUGUUGUUUUUUACUGGCAAAGCAAAUUAGUUUAGUGUCAUUCCUUAUCUCAGCAUUAAACAAACUGCACUUUGUUGUUCAGGGAAGUACAGGAACCAUAGCAGGAACCAGUCUUUGCAUCCACUGAUAGAAAUCUUAGUGGAAAAUUGAUAAGAGAAUCAAGAUUAAUAAAUAAAGGUGCUGUCCAGGGCCAAGAGAUAACCAUCCCCUUUGCUGGAGGUAACUGAGUAGAAGCUGAAAGGGUGGGUCAAAGGACAACCUGACAAGAUGUUCCUUGGAUCUACAGCUCGUGGGUGACUGAUCAUACCCACCAGCCGGCUAAUGUCAGAAUUAACAAAGUUGCUACUACAUCUGCAAAGUUUAAUCGAAAAAAUUUACCGAUGAUACGAUGGCAUCGUCACAGAGAUCCCAAGGGACAGAGAGUCUACUUCUGCUCAAGGUGGAAAAAACCGUGCAGGCAAGAUGAGAAAUUCCGAACCAGCUCGACCAAAGGUUAUGCUUCGCAUCACCCACCAGGGAGGAUCGUCUCUCCUGAAAACUUUCAAAUUCGAUUUUGAGAAUUAUUCAGAAAAAAGUCAAGCCGUGCUCUUUCCAGCGUAGGAAAUCAUAUGCUCUGGAGGAUCCUGUAAUUCACAGAAAAUGGACUAGGAUAACCUUUGGGUUCUCAUACUUACCAAAUCCUGACAGCCAGGAGGCUAAUAAUGAAGGGGCCGGGGAAGGAGGCCAAUGGUACAGGGGUUAUCUCCCAACCUCAGAUGCCGGAUAAGUCAGGGGGUGCAGAACCGCUUCUGGAUGACAUUCAGAAACGCUGGAGUGAUUAUUUGGAAGAGAAAAGCCUACCUAUUCUUCCCAAGGUGCAUGAAUAUUCCCCCCGACCUGCCUGUCUGUCCAAUGGUCCAAUGAUGAAUUAUUAGGAAGCUGCCCUAGACAAAGGAUGCACUUGGAUCCCCACCACACCUAUAACCACGCUUUGAAGGAUCUGCCAAGCUCACUUUUAAUCAUGAGAAAGAAAUUACCCACAUGGAGACAGCAGAAAAUGAGAAAGUAGAGCUCGUGCUGCGAAUAAUUCCAGUGAGUGCCAAGGGGCUAGUUGAGGAAUGGCUUCAUGAGGUGAAUACCUUUAGUUUGUACUUAGGGUUUGCUUAGCCAUAUAAUCAUUUUCUCUUUUAGGAGCGAUGACUAUCCUGAGUGUAUUUCCUAACCAAAGAGUACCAGGGCAUUUGUCAGAAUGUUAAUAAUUUUAAUAUCAGUUUUGCCCUUGUUAUUGACAAUGAUUCAUUUGCCGUUUGCAAAUAUGCACAAAUCGGUUUGGGUGGAGAAGCAAAGUCUCUGAAUCUGUGACAGUUGCUAAGCUGUCUGUGCUUGUGUGCUUUGCUGUGAGUGCUGUCUAGUAAUUGAUGUCUGUGUGUGUGCAUGCGUGUGCAUGUGUGUGUCCUUGUUCUUGUCUCCUCUCUGUUGUAAAGGUAGGUUGGGGAGUAGCCAACCCAUGGAUGCUCAGAUGCAAUCCAAAGCUUUCAUUUGAUUUUUGGAACAGAAGGGAAGGAAAAGAGAGAGAGAGAGAGACAGAGAGAGAACACAUCACAUCAUGAUUAAUGGUUGAUCUGAAUUUUUAAUUCAUAGGAAAGGAGGAAGGGCAGGGUUUAUGAUUCAAGUGACAAGGCUAACCUUUUCCCUGUGGGACAAGCACGAUUCAAAUUAAACAUCACUUUCAGUGUGAAAUUAGUUUGAACCACCGCCCCCCACCCUUAUUUGGUGACUGAUUUAACUCCUUGAUGGUUGCUCUUUCAAAAACAGUCCCUGCUGUCACAAUUUCUGCUGGAGUUUAUUCCCAGAAGUCCAUAGUCCCUUUUCCUUUGUUUUUCUAAAGAUCAGAUCUAGGAAAAUAAUGUUCUUCUAUUUUAAAUGCUUCAGUACUCAUUACUCACAGAUAAGAUUCUCCCUAAAACAUGAUCUCUUUGUGUCCCAAACAAAUGUAAGUAAAUAAAUAAUUUUCCUCUGUUUUCAAGGCUAGUUUUGCCAGGUGGGAAACGGCAAACAAGGGAUGUGUCUGGAGUCUCUAGAUUCCCACAUAACUGAGUCACAGGAUCACCAUGCCAACCUUUAGCAAUUUGGGCUACAAGCAAAGCAUGUGCCUGGACUCUUUCAAAGUACCCUUCAGUUCUGGUCCAAAGGACUCAGGCCUAAGCUUGUCGAAAGAACACACUGUCCAGGAAAAUGUGCCACUGCUUUGUACACAUACUUGAUGCCACAGUUCAGUACCGUCAGGGUCGAGAAGGGAUUGAUUCUUUCUGGAGUUUGUUGGCAUGGGGGGGAAGGGCAAGUAUGGAAAUGGCUAAGAAACAGAGUUAUUCUUCCCGUGUAUUUGCAAAGGGACAAUGCCAGGGCCCUUGAAUACCUUCUCUAAGGACAGAAGAGGUGUGGUAGGGGAGGGGAGGCAGCUGGGGGAGGGUUGGGCUGGGAGAGGAGCCAGCUGGGGUGGAGCCAGGCAGGGAGGUAGCCAGCUGGGGGUAGAGGUUGAGGUGGAGUGGGACAGGAAAAGGUGGAGGCAGAUGAGCAGCUGUGUUUAUUUUAAUACAUAUCAUUUAACCCUCACCUAAAAACAAAUUGGAGAGGUUUGGGAGUGCAUUAAUCUGGACCCAAUUAGCAUGCCUUGAUCCUUCAAAAGUGCAACCUGAAAUUAAUGAAUAUAAACUAGAGUUUCAGAUGCAGUGCUUAAAUCAUUUGCAUGCUUCAUGCAUGAUAAUUGAAUUCAUGUAUGCACUUCCUUCCAUUUAACUAUUUCCAGUCUCCUUGUGAUUCACACAAACCAAGAUUUCAUUAUAGUAAUCUCUAGGUGGACUUAGCUUGCCCAGGGUUUACUCCUGUGGAGAAAUUCACAUCGGUGGGCCUUUUUUCAAAUCUGAAUUUUUAUUUUUUGGAAGUAGGGGGCAGUAGUUCUUAGUCUGGAAUGGUGUUUUAGGAGUUGGUAAAUAAGCACUUCAACUUUAUUUUUGAAAAGUCAGAAAACCCAGGAGAACUAUGUCAUUGAGUUUUUAGUGGUCCUAGAGAGCUGCUUCCCGUGUAUCCACUUUUAAGUGUCUCGAUAAAACCAAGAGCAAGGUCACUUGCGUGUAGCGCCUGGAAUUUGGACCAGAGUUACCGAGAUCACCGAGAGAUUCCACUGCACAUGUCUGUUUCCGGAAGUGGUAGAUACUUGUUUCCAUGGAGGGGGUGGGGGUGAUGCCAGCUUCUAUGAAAGGCACUAGAUGAGCAGUUACGGGCCCUUGGGAUGCUGUAGAUUUUUAUCUUCUUUUCUUUUUUGUCAUUUAUGUGUAAAAGGCUUUAUACUUCCAUAGUGCAAGCAGGUUCUAGGGUCACCUCUCUGCCCCUGCCCCAAGGUGAAAAGUCUAAAAGUGAACAGUGGGUAUACAAGAAAGCUUCUUGGGAGAGACGUUGCAGCAAGAUGCUUGAAAUGAUUUAGUUUGUACCAGUGAUUUGUCUGUCUUCUGUCUUUCCUUGUGUGUUUCCAAGUUCAAUGUCAAAGUGAAGAGCUUUUCUCCAGGAAUUCUCCCGUGUCACUUGUUUUUGGUGAAUUCAAUGGUUGAAUGUUGCUGAGUGUCUCCCGGUCUUGUUUCCUGGUCCUCGUAGCUGAGAAUGUCACUGAAGGAAAAAUCUUGUUAAUUUGUGAUGUCACAAUUUAAGUGUGCUUCCUGUCACUUAUGCGUAGUUUAAAACGUUCCUUAAUGUAGCAUGAAAUGAUUGGCUAGCUUUGAAAUGGUUGUGAAGUCAUGUGAAGAAAAUAAGUUGCAUCCGACCAAGAUAAAUUCACUCUAGUGCUUUAUGGCUUUUUAUUCCUAUGUGAUAGUAAUAAAGUCUCAUGUAGGGAUGGAAGCCAUGAAAUACAUUGUGAAAAAUCAUCAACUCAGAAGGGGCCAUCAGUAUAGAAAACAUUAGCCUGUGGCGCUGUGCAUGUGACUGAGAAAUUACUUAGUGUGUAGCCCUACUGUGUGCUUGGUGUUCCUUGAGUUUCUUUAUCCUUAGAUUUGGACAGCUAAGGAAUCUAGGUAACCAGAGCCGACUCAUUUCCGUAAUCAUUGAUUAACAUGCACAUUCUAGUUUGCACAUUUCUGUUGAUCAUACAUUUUUCCUGUUUUCUACUAACGACCAUACUCUAGGGGGACUUUCAUAGCCCAGGAUUUGGGUAGGCAGCAUUCAAUCCUUCUCUGCCUUUUUCCGUCAACCGUUGAGGUCUUUCUUCUGAAACAGAGAAGAAAUACACAAAUCAGACUUGUCCUCUUGGAAAUGUGGUCCAGAUUUCUCUACUCCCAAGCUCCAAAAACAAGGUAUCCAUUGCAUGGAUUAGAACAACACCUUCUGAGGUUCAUAAGCUCAUCAAGAGUCCUUUUGCAUCUAAAGAUGUGGGAGAGUGGACAGACAUCUGGUGUUAGAGGAAAGAAGGAGCUUGGAUGGAGUUGGAGUCUAAUGCCUCUGCCUCUUCAGCUAUGGGCCUGGGGGCAAGUGAUUGAAACUUUCUGGGCUUCUUCUUCUACCUCUGAAAUGGGAGAAAGCAAGGGUACCCUGGGAGGUAGUUGUGAGGAUUAAAUGAAGUAAUGAGUGUGUGCCUAACAAAGUAUUUAAUGUUAUCUUUUAAAAACUCAUGAAAUAUUAGUUUUUUUCCUUCCUUCCCUUCUCUCUCUCCCUCCUGUUUCCUCCCCAUCCUUCAGAUAUUAGUCUAAAACAGCACCUUUGGAUCAAAGCAACACCUUUGAGAAGGAAAAGCCUCCUUCAGGAAUGUCUGGUUACACCUCCUUCAAUAUGGGGCUUAAAUGCCUGGGUUGGACCAAUAGUUUAACUUUGUUGAACUCAAACUACUUAAUGUUGGCUUUUGGCAUAUUUUCAUUUUUACUGUUUCUGUAUAUUUAUUCUCCCUUGAGCUGUUUUAAUAUUGACUACUGACCUAUACUCACUUUUACUGAUUUUCUGUACUUGUUUGAAAGAGCGAAUUUUAAUAAAAAUUAUUUGUGUUAUCUUUUGCCUCUCUAUUUCCUCCACACCAUGAGAUUUUAUCCUGGUCCUCCAAGCUAUCUAGACCAUCUGCCCUAAAAGGACAAAUCUUUCUUUUUGCUUAGAAACUGCUCACUCAUGGCACAAAGAGAACGGUAUCAGCCCGCCUCCCUACAUUUAAUUUGCAUAUAAGUGUGUUCUGGGAAAUUGUCAAGUUAGUUAUAAUUUUGCUAUUCAUUUGUAUUUUAAAUAUGAAAUUUGGCAGUGUCACUAAAGGUUUUGCACCAAUUGUUGAUAAGGCAGAGGACUUCUUAAGUAUACAAAUACUGAAAAUUUUUAAAAUUGCAGCAUAAUGUAAGUGCAUAUUAAAACAAAGACUGCUAUGGACUUCAGUGACAUCACAUUUGCAGCCAAAGUUCUUUUAUUAUAAUUGCAUUUGUCUUUUAAAUCUUUUAUUUACUGCUAAGUCUCUAAUUCCUAGCAGUGUCCCUGGUAUUCAGGAGAUAUUCAAAUAUAUGCAAAACAUGAGUGAGAAAAUAAGAGGAGGAAAAUGGGGGAGGAGUGAAAGAAGGGAGAACAAAGGAAUAAGACAGUAACUAUGUCACCACAGGAAGUAUAUGUUAUAUUUAGGGAAGCAGGGCAAAUGCAAACCCACUGUAAAAAUAUGCAGAGUUUAAAUUGGCUGUAGACAGUACGAGGUCAUUUAAGAGAAAAUGUGCAUGAAUGACAGGCAAAAUCUUUAGGGAUCUACAGAAGAGAAUGUUCCCUAGAAUCAGGUAACUUUCCCUAUCAGAAUAUAACACAUCAGCCAAAUGUCCACGGAUAAGAGUUAAAGAUUUGAAAAUUAAUUUGUCAAGAAAUUCAUGAAAAGCUUCAGUAAGUGGUACUUGGAAAAUUUUCAGCCAAAGAGCUAUUCUACUCUGGAGAAUAUAUUUACUUACAAAUAUUUUUACAAGUACAAAUAAAAACAGAGAGUAGGUUUUAAUGGAUACACUUUCUUGGAUUAAUUAAUUACUGCUGAGUCUCGGCAAGCUGCAAUUAGCUAUUACUCAUGUGACAUAGGAUGUGUCUAAAUGCCCAGCCAGCUCAUAAUUUCAAAGAUGGCCAUAAAUUUGCUCUGUUUUCUCUCCUUUUACUCUGCUGGGUUGCCCUUAACUUCCGAGAGUUGGUGUAACACUUGAGGUAAUUUAUGGGAAAGUGGUUAUUUUCAAGAAGGGCUCAGCAUGUCUCAAUAGAUAUUAACCUUUAUUAGGGUUAUGGGCUAGCAAUAACCCUCACAAAGUUCUCUUAGAAACUGGUGCAAUGAACAGCCAUCUCACUCAGCAAGGGAAGGAGUCAGUCUCUCCAUCCUGCCAGUAGACUUUGGUAAGCAGGAAACAUACACAUUAAGAAAGAAUGAAGUAUUCCAUACCAUGCCCUUAUCAGAAAUCUCUCGAGUUCCACCAGCAACCUUGUAUUAGUCAAUGGGGGAAUAGUAGCUAUGGGAUCUAACUUUGGGCUGCAUAAGAAAAAUCACACAUUGUCUAAUGUAUUCAUAUUCCAUAAAGGAGCUGUAAUUGUGAUGCCUCCCAAAGAAAUGAAAUAGAGAUCAAAAUUCUCUCAUUCACUGAGUAACACUGUAAACUUUGAAUCCAUGAUUCAAUGAGCCAAACCUGUUCUUUUUAGUUACAAUUGGCCUUCACCAAGUGGGUACCUACAGGUAGGCACCAGAGGGAUCCACACAGGAGAGCAGAGCCAAGACAUUCUUUGUAUCAAGUGACGUGACCGCAGGUCUUAUAUUUCAGGUUUUCUAUCCUGCUAGACCAAUUAUUAGAAUCAGACCUUCCAAGGAGAGCCACUGGCAAGAAGGCUGCCACAGACUCUAUUCUUAUAGGUUAGAUUAUCCUGGGAAUUUAAAUACAAAUAGCAAAAGGGUGGGGUGGGAUGAGGUUCGAGACUAUUUCUCACCAUUCUACUGGAUGGUGCUUCUCCUCACACCUUCCAUAAAGGAGACGUCUAGACCUUGGACAGCCCGGAGAUGGAGGCCAAUCACAGAAGGCCCCUUCACUUUCUCUUUACCUUUCAUCCUUGUCACAAAGAAUGCAAAGUAAAUUGGUUGAAUUAAGGUAAUAAUAUUAUUCUCAUGGUUCACUGUCUCAUUCCAAUAAUGUCUUCCCUUCACAUAUUUAGGCACUGCUGAUAAACACAUAUAAUCUCCCACUUCUCUGUAAAGAAAUACAUUAAUGAGCAACAACAAAAACAAAGAAACAAAAACCACUUUCUCCCAGGAAAUUAAAAAAGUAUCUCAGGAAUAAUUAUUAGCAACUCAUUGAUAGUCCAAAAUUAGGCUAUACAAUGAAGGCUCAAUAAAUAUUGAUGAAAUAAUUGCUUCCUUCAUGCAAAGCCCUCAUAGGACCUACAAGAGACUAUCUACUCCAGCCUCACUGAUUUUGGGUUAUUCCAGGACUACACCAAAUGGCUUUCUUAUUCAAAGCUUUUAAAAUUGCUCUUCCCUCUACCUAGAACAUACUCUUCUUAGAUGGCAACCUCUCUCAUUCUCUCAUUCAUCAUAUCUCUGCUCAAAUAUCUUGUAUCAGUAAGAUCUGCCCUCAUAUCCUCUGUUUAAUCGUGGCUCCUUCUCCGGACUCCCAUCAUCUUACCCUGAUUGGUUUUUCUCCAUGGAUGCUUAGUGGUUUUCACCAUCUGUUAAAUGACACAUUUACCUGCUUGUUUGUAUUGCCUUGAAGAACUGUCCUACCUCACAAGCUCCAGGAAGUCAGGACGUCAAUCUGCUUCUUUUGUUAAUUUUGUCCCUGGUGGCUGGGAUUGUGUGUGUACAUAGUACACAUUCAAAUAUUUGUUGAAUGAAAUUAUUUCUUGUCUGACACUUUCUGGCGUUCAUGUAUCAAGAUACUGAUAUUACAUAUCGUUAUAACAAGGAAUCCCUUAUAUUCCUCACUAGAUGAAUGAGCCAUUACUUCACCCUUAUUUCAGUGUUAGACAUAUAGCUUUGUUUUUUCUAGCUUCUCCUUUAUAUAAAAAAUUGUUCAAUACAUCUUUUGACUAUCAAUUACCAUCUCUAUUCUUCAGACUAAAUUCCUAGCAGUAGAGUAACUGAAUCCAAAGUUAUGGCUUCUCAUACAUAUAUAACCAAAUUACUUCCCAGGCAUGUUAUACCAAUCCAUACUCCUAGCCAAAGAUAAAGGCUAGAAUAUUCUUUGUGUGACUUUUUAAAAAUUAGUGUUAAUGCUGGUUUCUAAAAAAUUAACCAGCUUUUCUUGCUGUCUUCAUUCAUUUGCUUUUUCUUUCUGGGAGAGUUGUCAGUUUGUGGUGUUUUCAUUUGAUUUUUUAUUUUGAACCUAGAUAUCUAGGAUAAAAGAUUUCUUUUAUUUAAGAAAUGGAAGAAAGAUUAUGAUUUGUUUUCUAAUGUGUUUGGUCUACACAUGAGGGAAUAUAGGAUGAAACCAUUCUACUGGUUGCUAAUAGGAGCCCAAGUUUGGACUCCUUUAGGUCAGCACCACAAAAUAUGUGAAAACCACAAAUCAGCAAGGAGAAAUCUGAGUAAAACAUGCUGCUCCUUAAUCACCACUGUGUAGACAGAUAUUCAUUAUUAAAGUGUAAGUGAAAGUGUCCACGGAAUAAUCUCUUGAUGUUGAGAGAAUAGAUAUAUUAAUAACGUAUAGGACAUAACUUCCAAGUUGUAAUACUGGUUCUUUUGACCACGUUAAUUUAUUCUACAAUCUUUUGUUUGUCUCUUACACAAUCAGGUCCUUCACAUUUUUCUACUUUCUGAAUUUCAUAAAAUUAUAAGGCAACCAAAAAAUUAGUAAUGUUUGUUGCAUUUUCAAUACAAAUAAAACUACUAGCUCAUCUCCUCACUAAAGAAAGAGAUUUUGUGCUUUUUAGAGCCAACAUCAAAUUAUAAUUUGAAGACUUUGUAGGAAUGUUUUGGUUUGGUUUGGUUUGGCUUUAUUUGGUUUUGGUCACACGAGUGAUGGAACUCUAACCCUCAUACCGUGCAGGGCAAGUGUUCUCGCAUUGAGUUAUAUCCUCAGCCUGGGAAUGACUGUUCAAAUCAGAAUGUAUAUUCACAUACACCAUUGAAGACAUAUCAACAUUGAUCUUAACUGAUAAAUACAUAUAAUCUCCCACUUCUCUGUAAAGAAAUACACUAAUAAGAAAUUCAAAAAUAAAUUUUGCUCUUCCUCUAUUAGUUUGAAAUAUUUAAAACUGAUACUAUUUUUUCUCUUCAUUUUCACAUCUUAAGAUUUCUUUUUACAUAAGAUAUUCUUACCUUACUUAUAAGUUGAGUUAUUAUAAGAACGUAGUAACUGAAGGUCAAAUGGUGGUUAACAACCUUGGUAAACAAAAAUAAUUAACAGAGCUCUUUAUUGUCAGACAGAUUUUGAGGGCUGAAUCAUGUGAUAGCUUAAAUAGGGCACUGAUUUCUGAUUUAAAUAAACAUUAGUAUGUGAAUCUAUGUCUUUACAUUUACAGUAAGUAAAUGUAGGUGGUCUGAAAUUCCAAAUUAAGAAGAAUACAGUAUGAUUUUUUGAUAGCAUUUAAAGACAGAGUAAGAACCCAGGUAAAACAAAUGAGUCAAACUGACAAGAGACCAAAGGAAACCACACCAAAUGAUUCAGUGGUUGCUCAGGGUGAUCAUAUACACAGAUGUGUAUGUGCAGGCGAACCCAUUUGUUUUGGGGCUUCACCAUUACUUUAAAUUUAAGGGCAGAAAGGCAUGAGGCUUACCUGAAAUAAAUGAAGAUUUAUGCAAACACUGCAUAUGAUUUGGAGAAAUUUUUUCACUUUAAAUACCUCUUUUGGAUUUUAUAGUCUAUUUUUAUGCACACAUUUCUUUAGUUCUAUCAAGUCCAAAUGUUUAAAGCUACUUGGACUCCCAAUAUCUUUCAGCAUUUAAGUUUAGAAAGUACACUUCUCUUAAGAUAUUGAUGGCCUCACCACUACCCCCUACAGCUCCAGUGAUUCCCUUCAAGGUGCAAAGAAACUAAAAAAACAGUAAUCUCCCAACAGCCUCUUAGAAGCUGUAUUAGUUGGCUUUUGCAAUACUGGGACACAAUAUGCAAUACCACUACUUAAAUAAAAGAUUUGAUUUGGCUCACAGUUCAGGGGAUUCAGUCCAUAAAUGGCUGGCUCCAAGACAGAAAUAUCAUGGUGGAAGGGCAUGAUGGAAAAGAGUUACUCACCUCAUUUUAUCCAAGAAGCAGAGAGAAGGGAGAAAUUGGGAAGAGAGAUAUACCCUCCACAGGCAUGGACUCAGUGACACAUCUCUUGCAACCAGGCUCUACCUCCUGAUAACACACUGAGCUAUGAACUCAUCAAUGGGCCAAUCCACUGAUGAAGGUAGUGCCCCCAUGAUCCAAUCACCUUCCAGAUGUCCAACCUCUGAAUAUAUCUGAGAGAUUUCCCAUAUCUAAACCAUAACAAGAGCCGUGUCAGUAACAUUGUCUCAAUAACAUCUCUGGAAGACUAAUCUCCUUGUUUUUUUUACCUGUUUGUUUAAAUAUUUGGAAAGUGAGCCUCCAAGAGAGUAUGUGUGAUUUCCAGCUCCUUUUGCCAGUAUUUUUGUCAUAUCUUCGAUAUUGGUCCUCAAACUGAAGCCAUGAUUCAUUCUUUAUGUCUGUUACCAAGGUAUUAUUUCUCAGUUGCAAUUCUGCCAUUUCGCUUCAUGAUAAGACACAAGGAACCUUUUGCCUUCUUCCCAGAGACUUGGACCAGAGACUCAUGCCCCACCCUACCUGUCCAUAUGCAUGAACCUUUCCUUGUGUCUUGUAGUAAUUAAGGCAGCCCAGAAAGGGAAAGUCAUGAAACCCCUUUUGAUUGUACUGCUUCUUUCGGUCCCUUGUCUACUUUUUCCAUAAUUCUUGCUGAGCAUCACAAUGGUAAUAGAAAAGACAGGGGAGCCCUGUUACGGCAAAGCAUUCUCUAAGUACUGCUCAGUAGGUUUCUAGCCUCCCAAGAAGGCAUCAAAUUGUCCAGGGUCACUGACUCUACUGGGGAGGAUUUUUACUUUUCUAUCUCCUUCAUAACCAAUGCAGUUGAGGAGGGCCCCGUCCUAAAGCUAUGAGGGCAAGCCUGCGGCUUCCCAAAUACAUAUGAAAGAAGUAAGUGGAGCAAAGCAAUUCACCCAUCAUUUUGCAUCUCAUGGAAACCUUUGCUGGAGGAGCAGAGAGCACAGUGCACAAUGGCGACUGGUGCACGGGGAUGGUAGAAUUACAGCAAAAGGGCCCAACUCUACCCCUGAUUAUAUGUGUGGCCACAAGAAGGUCACUUACUUCCAAAAAGCCCAAGUUACCCGUCUGUAAUCCAGGAAUGAUUUCCAUCCUUCCCAUGUCCGGUUGAUUGAGGCUCAGUUCAAGAUAUUCAUGAGUAGGAAUGCUUUGAUGGAUUACCGCACUAUGGAGCAAUAACCUGAACAGAGUUGUUGGAUUGGAAAUUGAAACCACAAGGGAAAAAAUGCCAUUUCAGUUGAAAUGUAGUGUAAAAGUUCCCAGGGCAGGAAUGGAGACAAUGGCAGGAAUGAGACAGGCCAAGUCCCCGAAGGAUUAAUGAUGUGGGGACACAGCCUGAAUGGGAAGUAGAGGUGAAAUAAGCAAUGUGAAAGCACAGCGGGCUUAGUGGGGAGAUAUAGAAGCUCACUCAGUACGUAUGAUAAGGGUUCCUGAAGAAGUGACAUUUGACUCUGCUUGGACAGGCAGAAGGCCACAACGUCCUCCAUGUCACACAGCUGAUAUUCAUUCACUCCCUAAUUUCCACACCUUAGAGCGGGAUUCAGGGAGCUCCUUGUGUUGAAAUACAGGUGCAAAGAUAAAAUUGACAGGCUUUCUAGUAAGGUGAUAACUUUUCACAAAGCACUUGCCAUUCUAGUCCUGGCUAGCUGAGCAGGACUCGUGGAUCUUGGAUCUUGUUGGAUGUGUGUCUCCAUUUCUCCUGAUUGGCAUAAACACAAAAGCCAGAGCUGCAAGUCCUUUAGGAGAGAAAAAUGUAUUUCCUACGAUAAUGUGCAAGCCAAGGGUCUCCCUUAAAGGUUAGGGACAAGUCAACCCCAAAGCAAUUCAGCUACUGUCCUAAAUCUCUAGCUACUUUCCUAAACAAGUCUCUCCCUUCCUCACAGACAAAGCUUCUUCAGAUCCUUGUUUUUGUGUGUGACCUUAGACAGAGUUAUUUAGCCUCUCUAUUCAGGAAAGGGAAGCCACAGUUGUUUCUUUAAAAAAUUGAUGUAAAGAUUAAAUGAGGUCUCACUUAAAAUAGUGCCUAGAACAUGGUGCCUAUUACCUAAGUGUAAGCUGAUAUUAUUAUGGUUAUAAUCAUCAUUCUAAUUUUCUUACCUCCUGCUUGCUCUCAGUUCACUCCGGCUUGUCUUAUAGCCCAUGACUCAUAUCUGUAAAUAGCUCUUGAUAAGGUCACCAAUAACCUUUAGCUAAAUCUAAUGAGCUUUUAAAAUUUUCAUCUCACUAUCUUCUCCAUAGCAAUCUAUCUUGUUGAUCAGUGACAUAUAUAUUUUUUGCGCUCUCUCUCUCUGUUUCUCUGUGUCAUUCUGACCUCUGUGACAUAAAUUUUUUUUCUUUAUCUGCCUAUCUACAGACCUAUUUAUAUUACAGAAUUUUCUGCCUUUGUCCAGAUAUUUAAACUGAAGUUACUCCAGCUUCUGAGUCUUAUCCUGGGCCCACAUUUUUUUCUUCUCUUCUCCCCUAAACUCUCCUCCAAUCUCAUGGUUUCCAUGACUUCUUUUUUGGUCUCUCACCUGAAUUUCCAAUGCAUGCAUAGUUACUUUCUAGUCAUUGCUACUUGAAUGUUUAAAAAAACAUAUCAUUUGCAACACAUUCAAAACAAGUAAGUUAUCUUCUGUCUAAACCUCCUCAUUGUUCUUUAGCUCAUCAAGUUAUACUACUUGUGUAAAUUAGAAGUCCAGGAAUAAUCUUUGAUGUCCUUGAUCCAUUUCUAAUCUAAUGCCAAGGUAUAGUGAUUUUUAUCUCUUAUGUACCUAUUAAAUGCAUCUACUUCCCUGUUUCCGCUGCCAUAGUCAAGGCCAAUGUGUCAGAACCAUUUUAACAGCCUACAAAUGCAUCCUCUCUGAACCUUAACCUUGCAAAGCAGCCAGACACAGCCCUUUAAAUUCAAUGCCAAUGUGUCAACAUCCUCUUCUUCCUAAAUCCUUUAAUGAUGUUUUAAUACUGUUAAAGACCCUAGUUGUAGGAUACUACAAGCCACUACAUGACCCUGCAGUCCACUCCUGCAGUCUAAACCCAUGGUUUCGGCUCAUGGUGUUGGUGUCUCUCAGUUCCUAAAAGGUGUUCGUGCAUUUCCACCUCUACAUACACUGCUGCCUCCAUCAGGAAUUUUCACCAAGUCCAACCCUCUGCCACUCUGUCUUGUGUGGUCUUCUCCAACUUCAGACCCUCCCCCGAAGUGCCAUCUCCCUAGCUUUCCAGUCCAGAUACACAUUUCAUCUGCUACAAUUCUAUCAGGGCACUUGAUUCAGUGUCUAAUAAUUACUCAUUGGUGUGAGUAAUUCAUGAUCUUUUUUCCAAGCUAUGAAUUAUGCACCAUGAAGGUGGCUGUUUCAAGAUUUAUCCCAAAUUUCCCUCAGCAUUUACCAGAAAGCCUGGUAUAUAAAGGGAAUUCAACAUUUGUUGAAUGACUAAAUGAAUGAUUCCUCUACUCCAGAGUAAGUUGUAAGAAUGUUUUACAUCUCUUUUAAAAAAAGGAAAAAAAAAAAAAAACUUAAAUGAACUCCAAAGCUUAACUCAGUCCUAAAAACAGAUUUGAGGAUUAUAAUUGAAUUUUGGGCCGAAACAGCAAGAUUCCUUUAAUAGAUAUAGCUCUCCUACAAAAGAGAGACUCAUUAAAGUAGAAGUUGAAAAAUGUGUGUAAACAUUCCCAAAUAAAGUAUACAGUAUUCAAAUAAGAGCUCAGCUGCAAUUAGCUUGAAGUCUAAAUUGUAUUCUUGCAUCAAAAGUGGGAGAAAAAUGAGCCAUUAAGUCAUUACUAUUGUGACACAGCUCUGUACUACAGCUGAAGUGCGUGGCACAGCCAUAGUCUCAAGCUACCUUGAGAUCUGUCACAUUCUUUCAUUUUCAGAUGGAUUAAAUGGAUUAUUUGACAUUUUGGCAGAUCACAGAAAUCACUGCAUAACAAAGACUUCUUUCAUUCCUCAUUAAUUUCCUUCUUUGAGCUCAAUGCAAAUUCUUUUGGAACAAAGGUGUGUGAUAUUUCCUUUUCCAUAAUUUUAUUUCAGUGUUUUAUUUUUACUGAUAAAAAUAGCAGUUCCUACACAAAACAUUCACAUUUUAUUAACUUCCAUAUCAUUCUCUCUAAUUAAAAUGUAAUGCAUAAUAAGACACAAACUUCAUAUCACAUUUGUUGUCAUUUGUAUAGAGGGUUACGUACGUUUACAGUUUUGACAUUGGAAGAUUUUUUUUAAAAAGUCUCAUUGAUGGUGGAUAAUUUAUUCAGUUUUGUCUGCCAAAGCAUCCUUUGGGAAGCCAGGUAUCUCCAGGCCACCAGUUAAAUGAUGAUCUGGACAGUGCUUACACUGACUGAACUGGCCAGGGGAGAGUUUUUGGGUUCCAAGCUCAUUUUCUCUAUUCGGUUUGCACUGAUUAUAUAAAUUCUUCCUGAUUGCCCUUUGCUUUACGGGGCAGAUCUCCAUUUACGACCUUCAUCCAAUCUCUAACAUACAUAACAUUCCUCAAGAUAAUUCCUUUAAUCAGAUUCUCCUGCCUACCAUUGGGGAGAGGGUAUGUACUGUGGGACUGAUUAGAUACAAAGUCUAUGCCAGCAAAUACUCCUUGAGGUCCUACUAUGUGGUCGGGGUUGUAUUAGGCAUUAGAAAAAAGAUACAGACUUCCCUUCAACACAACAUGCUCAGAUUCAAGAAAGGGGAUCAUUGUAACGUAGUAUGAUAGCUACUGUAUUAGCAGAUCUGACUCAGACUUUGCAAGUAGAAGGCUUGUCAAAGAAAUCACAUCUCAGCUGAGAUUUGGAGGGUGAGUAGGAGGAGACCCAGUGAGGGGGGUUGGAGGGGAAUGCAGAACAUUUAGUAAGAGGUAGCAGCCUACGUUCAGCUUGAAAACAUCAUGCACCAUCACAAGAUUACAAACAGGUGAUCAACUCAGUGUGUAAGGAGCACAAGCUAUGAAAUAAGAGGUUCAUGGCCUCUGACAGGUGUGUCAGAGAAGGAGUUUGAGUUUAUCUUGUGUGCAGUAGAGAGCCACUCAAGAUUAGGAGACUGCAAGGAUUGCAAUAAGUUUACACCUCAGGAAGUUCUCUCCAGCUGCAGGCUGGAAGGAACAGAUAAGAUGGGGGCUGGAGACCCAUGAGGAAGUCGACAAUGUAAUCCAAGGAGAGAAUUUAUCAGAACCUGAACUACAGUGGGAUAACAGAGAUGGAGACAGUAGGGGACAGAUUAGAAAGCUAUUAAGGAGAAAUAUUAGGCGAGAGUUUGCAACUGAUUGAACACAGGCAGGAGAUGGCGUGAAGCCAGCACAGAUACCUCCUUGGGCUUUUGUGUGGGUAGCAUUACAUUUCUUGAGACAAUAACACAUGCUUCCUAUUAGCAGUGCUAAUUACAAAUAGCUGGGCACACUCCGGGAUCCUGGAUCCUCUAAGUACCAGGGUUCCAUAGCAUUUCUUAGCUGGAAACCUUCCUCUCUGCCAGCUAGGCAAGAGGUUAGACAGUGGCCUUUUUCCUCCAUAAGAGGUUUUCAGUAGGUAGCCCUUUACCUUAUGUCUACCCUCCCUUCUAGACGUAGCUGUUUUAUAACAGAUCAGACUGUGCUGUAGGUGUCUCAUUAAUCAUUUCACUAUCACACUGUGAAUACUCUUAAAAUAAGAACUAUAUAUUAUAAAUCAUAAAUAUAUUAUAAAUCAUACUCGGUCAUUCACAAACUUAACCGUAUACUCAACAUUUUCAGUGUCUACACAGUGUCAGAUACCAAUUCACUGCAUGCUCAGGACCUUGUGUGGUGCCUGGCCUAGAGGAGACCCUAAACAUAUGUUUGGUAAAUCGAAAGCAGAUGAUUUAGUUGGCUACUUUUCAAAGAUUUUUCUCUUUUUAUGUGAGGAACUCUCAGAAUAAAAACUUUCUGAAACAUAUUCAAGUAUAUUUUUAAAUCCAAUCCAGCUCAGUCUUUCUCCUUUACUCACGGCACCCACCGACUGACACUUAUGAAGGAGCACUUUCUCUGUGUUUUGUUUUACAGAUUGGCCUCUAUUUUAGCAGUACCCAAUAUACAAAGUAAUAAUGUCUCCCAUUUUCCUAGCAAUAGGGAUUAACCACUGAUGCUUUGCAAUGGAUUUAUUCUGUGUUCAAAUCCUGACUUUGGCACUGAUUAGUGGAAUAUUAGAUGCGCUUUAUUUCAUUUAUAAAAAACUCAUGUUAUCAUUUUCAUUGAAACAGGAUCAUAAUAGAGCUCUAUCAUGGAAUUGUGGUGUGAACAAAUAAGCUAAUCAGAACCUGACUCAGUGAUUGAUACACUUAACUCUAAAUUCACUUACAUUUAUGGAAAUGUUUUUCAACUUUUCACAUGAAUUUAAUACUUGUAAGGAACUAUGAUGUAUAAAACUUCAUAGUAAGGAGGAUAAAAAAUAUUUCUCAAAUACAAUAGAGGAGGUAAAUUAAAAAAUCGGCUAAUUACCACACUGAAAGGGAGAGUCUGCUAAGUGGCACAAAUACGACCCAUUACUGUUUCUCAGUGGGGCUAUUAUAAAAUAUAGAAGCUGUACCCCACGCCCAGAAAUCUUGAUUCACUUAGCUUGGGCAUCUGGGAACUCUUAAAGUACUUUAUCAUUGGUUCUAUAUGCAGGAUAUUUUAAAACCACAGACAUAAAAAAUCAUUUGAGGGAAAAAUUACUUCUGGCUGAGAUGUCUGAGGUUCCUAUGGAGAGACUUCUUUUGAGAGAGGGAUAUGUUGUUUUUUUAAACUUAAUUAAGCACUGUGCUUUUGAUUAUGAAUAAUUAAAAUGAUAACGUUUUGGGAAAAAAAGCCAAAAAAUCUGUCCCAAAUUCCAUCAUUCAAGAUACUCCCUUACUAUCUCUAUAGUUAUCUGUACUUAUGUAAGUCCUGUUUUAAAAAUUAUAAUGAAGAAAAAAAGAUGUAAAAAUAAUUUUAAUUUUUUAACUUAAGCUAAUAUAUCCAGAUGUUAUCACUGCACAAUCAAUAUAAAAUUAAUGAGACAUAAUGAAUUCUUUUUGCAUACUAAGUCUUCCAGAUUCAGUGGGUGCUUUGAAUUUAUGACACAUUUUAAUUCAGAGGAGCCUCAUUUGAAAUACUCAGCAGCCACGUGUGUUUGAUGGUUCCAUGCAGAACAACAUAGUUCUAAAAGGUAUGUCUCAGACAAAAUAAGAUUGAGAAAUAGUCUGUGCCUUUUAACAAUUCUUAUUGUUGCUAGAAAUAUCAGUGCAAGACAACUCACAUGGCUCACCCCAGAGUAUGGAUCACCUAGAAUACUAGGUUAAGAAAUACAUAUUUUAUUUAAUGGCCACAUUAAGCAUUGAGAAUAAAAGCAGAAUCAAAGGGUGAGAAAAUCAAUUAAAAACAUGAAGCAGAGGUAAUUAUGUUAUAAUUUGAGUCCCAGGAAGAGGAGACAGAAAAGAAGAAACAAAAGGUAGCAUUCGUAAAAACAUGUCAGUUUAUGUACUGUGUGAUGGUGGUAGAGAAGCCACAGAUGCUGGCUCGGCAGAUGGGAAAGGCAGGGUAAGAGCUGGUCUAGGGAAUCACUUUAAUCUGAGAGCUAGUUGGGAUCCAAAUAUCUAGCAACGGCUUGGAGUGUGGGUUGGAGAUUAGCGAGUGAGAGUUGAAACCAGACAGUUAGAGGACAGAGGAAGUCUCUGGGAAAAUAUGAAACCUCUCCUUAGAUACCUGAAGCACUGAUAUUUGGGGGAAUAGAUACAAUUUACUGCUGCAGCUCUGCAAGAAAACUAGUGGUGCCAUUUGAGAAAAUUGCAGAGAGGCAGAUGUUGGCUUCACAUGUAAAUAAAUUAUCUUAUCAAUAGACAACUUUCCGUACAUAAACUAUGUGUCCUCAGAAAAUAAACCCCCAGCAUGUCUCUUAGACCAAAACUUUAGAAAUUAAGCCACAUGGAACACUUGGGCCACACACUUUGCUCUCUAAAUAGACUUUAUAUCACUUUUAUAUAAUUAUUUAAACUUUAGUAUUAAAAAUCCAGCCUGAGUGAGUCUGCUGGUCUCUAUUAUUAAAUUCCUUUACUUAUAAAUCCCUGAGCAUUACUCCCCUGCAUAGUAGUUUAAAAUCUGGCACACACAUUCUGGGAGCGUCUCUGGAUUGAUCUUCAUCUGUUUACUAUCGGAGUUUUCUGGAAAAGACCUUCUUACCACCUGACUCCUUGGUUCUCUAAUCAGGGCUCCAGCUUCCUUUGGCUGUCUUCUCUCUGUCCUACUAAAUGGAACUACUAAGACAAGGUGUGUUUGUUGGCUUCCAAGGAGAGUUCCUGGCUCCUUUUACAGCCUCACCCUCUCCUUAGACUGAAUCAGAUCCAGUGUAAAGGAUAUUCACACACUUAUGUUCUGGUAAACUUUUGCUAUGAUGUGAAAAAAAGUAAAAUCUGAAGCUGCCUGAGGCUGAGUUUCUGACUCUUUAUCCUUUCCAGCUUUAGCUUUCUCUUGCUCCUUCAAUUUGUCCUUUCAUUCCUCCUGCCUUAUUCGAUUUUCUCUUCCUUUUCUCUUAUAUAUUAUUUUCUUAUUUUAUCUUGAAAUUAAAAGUACUAAUGGUAACAAAAGGGUUUCAAUCUUGCUGCAAGGAAGGAGGUUUUUUUGCAUUGCAACUUGGUCUUUUUAGAAAACAAGAAGGACUUAAGGAGCAUUUGGGGCAUGCCAGAUGAUAUGUCCCUCUUUUUUUAUUUUUUGGACAAAUUCCUGUAGGCAAAAGAGGUUUUGUGGAUCCAUAUGUCCCAGGCUAUUAAUUAAGUCUUCCUCCACUAGAAGACCGUGCAAUGAAGGACUAAGCAUAGAUUCUGGAGUCUGGCUACCAGAUUCAGUUUAGUAACUGUGUGUUUGGCACUAAAUCCUUAACCUCCUCUUUCUCCACUCUCAACCUGUUAUAUGAGGAUGUCCUUCUAUUUAUGUAUGCAUGUGGCUGGCACUGAGAAUAGAGUAGGAAUGAAGUAUAGUCAGGGUUUGCAGAGGAAUAGAUUUAAUACACAAUUUAUAAAUUAUUUUAUGAUAUUCACCCAAUGUCAUAGUUACUUUUUACUCGUCAUUGAGACGAAAUACCUGAAGCCCAAAGUUGGGAAAGGAAAAGUUUAUUUCUUACAGGUUUUGGAGGUUUCAGUCCAUACGCAGUUGGCUCCAAGGCAGGCAGGCAUGGCUGGGCUGCAGGUCAUGGCGGCUACAAAGAGCAGAUACACCUUCUUCCUGCCAUUACGUCACAUCCUGGUUCCACCCCUAUGUGGGUGGAGCACUGACACCAUCAAUCCAAGCACUAGACAAUGAACCAUCACAAAUGCACAAUGCAAACUCAUGAGGCCUGGGAGCCACAGACAUAAACCACGACACCCAAAGAGUGAAAUGCAGAAGAGUACAAGAGAUCUAUCCACACACUAAAGACUUGAAGAAUCCAGCUAAGGAUCUGGAUCGUGUGGCAGUGUCCUUCAUGUGUCCAGCAAUGUCCUCCAUGAGUUCUACUGGGGGCCUAACCCACAAAAAUGUCUCAUGCAAGCCUGUUUCAAAGAUCUGCACUGGGAAGGCCCAAUGGUCAGCGAUAGAAGUUAGAAAGCCUGUGCCAGUGGGGUGAAGGAGCUGUGCCAGCAGGCUGAGGGAUCUGCACUAGAACCACAAAGGGACACUCAAGGUAAGGACCAGAGAUUCCCCUAAAGAGAACCAUCCUCAGCAACAGCAAGGACCUGGACUCCUCCAGGGACAAGAACACCUGAGUUCAUUCCAGGAAGACUAGCUUGACAAGCUUCUCCUGGAGAAUCAACAGCACAUCAUCUUCCCUCUAAUUCUCCUUUUAUGCUAUUGACAAUGAUCCUGAGGUGGGCCUUCCACACCCAGAACCACACUGACUCAGUUUAGCUGGCUGUUACAAAUUGACCAUUAGUCAAUACACCAAAUCAGGCAAUGAAACUCUUUUUUUUGAUAGAGUUCACAUUCUCCAAAGAACACAGAAAAUAAAUACAUAUAUAUAUGCAUGAACACAUACACACACUAUAUAUGUACACUCACGCACAUGCACAUUGAUAAACACAAAGAAAACAAAACAAGAUAAAUGGAUAAACAGUAAUUGGGGCAUGCUAAGGUUUAUGGCAUACUCACAUGACGUUUCAGCGGAGUCAUUUAUAGCCACACAGAGCAUAUUCAAGCAAAUAAAAUAGAGUAAAAUGCUGAUGACAGAAGCUGCUUUUAAUGUUUGAAAAACAGGAAGACCAGUAUGACUGGAGGAGAGUGAAAAAGAAGAACUUCUUCUUCUUUGAGUGUCAUGCAAAGAUUGGGUGGUUUCCUGAAUGAGACACAAAGCCACUGGGGAAGGGUUGGAGAUGAUUAUAAAGUUCAUUACCAAUGUAUUUGGAAUUCAGUAUGGUUGUCAUUUAUAGAAGUGAGAGAAGUUAAACAGACAAGCAGAAUGGUGAAAUGAAGAAUUUAUAACCAGAUGCAUUAAAUUUUAGAUGCUUGUUAGAUUUUUAACUGGAAAAGUCUAAUAGGAAGUGGAAUAUAUACAUUAGGAUUUCACAUACUACUCUAAGUCCCUGAGAUGAGAACUGAGUAUUGGCCACUGAAUUUGAUAUCAGAGAAGUCAUUACCUGACAAGAAUAUUUCAGUAUUUCUACACUUCCACGGAAGGAUACAAAGCUGAUACGAAAGAAUUACAGAGAGAAUAGAAGAGUCUCGUGCAUAAGAAUAAAAUUCUAGAACAGAAAGUUUAGAAACUCAGUAAGUAGAUUUCACCAUAGGUAAGCAGCAGCUAAUGAAAGCAUUAGUGAGCUAAAAGAUAAAUAAUACAAAAUGUCUAAUUGAAGCCGGAUAAAAAUUUAAAUAUAUAGGAAGACUUCUGUGAAGUAUGUGAAACAUGGUAAAAAGAUCUGGAAUACAUGUAAGUGCCAGAAGAAGAAGGAACAGAGUAGAAAUAAUCAUUUAAGAAAUAGUUUUUAAGUUGAUAAAAGUCUUCAAAUCAGAUUUUAAAACCCCAGACAUUUUAGAUAAGAUAAACACACAAACACACACAAAACUACACCUAAGCAUAUUAGAGAAUGACCACUGAACGUUAAAGUAAAGAGGGAAAGUCUUAAAGCAGCCAAAGAAUGGAAAAAUACACUAAAUUCAAAGGAAUAACUGUAAGAAUUCAGCCAACUUCUCCAUAAAAAUGUUGGAAGCAGAGACAGUGGUGCAUCAUUACAGGGUUGAGCAAAAUAACUUCCUACCUGGAAUAUCACACCUAAAUAAAGAUGCCAACUUUAAAUAACAUUUUUGCACAAGCUAUGAAGAGAGCAGACUUACAAACAUAAAAUACUGUGGAAAAUGUUUCACACAGCUAAUUGUGGUCUCAUAUCAAAACAGAAAAGUGUUAGAAGAAUGAAAAUCACUAAAGAGAGUAAAAUGGAGGCAAUCAUUGUAAACCAGUUAAAUUUCCUCUUGAAAGCCAGACAGUUUAGCUAUGGUGACACACAUCUCAGAGUUCUGGAUUCAAAUAAGUUCUGUUAGCCCCUUUCAUGUGUCUUAUGUCAGUUCCUGCUUUAAUUGAUUAUAGCACUGUAUCUCUUUCCAUGGUAGUGGAAGCUGGAACUAUUGUACGCACAGUGCUGGAUUGCUUAUCAGAUUACCCUAUGAACCUCAACUACUGACCUAAUUGCAACAGCUAUAGUUGGAAAAUGAAACUCAACAGAGCAAUGAAUUGAAGAGUUUGUCAAUGAAAACAAAUAAUUAUUUUGUGUUGAACACUUGACCCUGCUCUCUACUUAGCAUACAGGCAACUGCAUAAAAUUAUGCUAAUUCUAAAUACUUUAUUCAUGGCCACUUUGUUCUAAGACAAGAGAGUGUACCGUGUACUUAAAAGAAAAUUGCACAUGACUUUCCUUUCCUUAUUGCUCAAAAGCACGUCACUGUCAACACUUCAUGGUGGAGAUACAGGGAAUAAAAAUACGAUAGUGAACCAGUCACUUGGAAUGGAAACUUUGCUUAGAAAUAGAAUAAUGAAAUUAGAAAGGUCUAAAGGUGAUUUAGUCCAAAGACUUCUGCAAGUUUGGAGAGGGAUAGGCAGAAAUUUGGUAAGAGUCUUCUGUUUCUCCGUCAGCCAGAGCUGUCUUGAGUGUUCAGGUCUGAUUUUAUUUGAAGGAGAGAUUCCACUGCUUACAUGUGUGUUUGGGUUUGGAGGGGGGAUUUGCAAGUUUAAAGGCAGCCAGUGGUCUAAUUCAACUUCUUUAAAGAAGAAAUCGGUUAAAAGUGAAGAAAAAGAUCAGCAAAGCUUCAAAUAUAGUAUUAUGGAGCAUCAAACCAUUUUUUUUUCCAUUCCUGCAAAGGAAACUCAAAGCUUUAUGCAGUAAGAGUGCUUAUGCAUGAAAUCUUAACAUUAGUCAGAUUGAGAAAAUUACCUGGAUAAUUUCACCAGCAAAUAAAUCAGUUAUCCAAAAUGAUUUAGUGCAAGACUAAUGACAUUUUAUAUCAUUUUAAGUACAGUUAAACUUCUUAAUUACAGACACUCUAGAGACUUAGAAAAAUUGCUACAAUAAUGGUGUAUCAUUAAUUCUGGGGAAGCGCAGCCUCUUGGGCAACACCUGCCAGGUACAUACAGUUGCCAGGUCCAUAGAAGGCUUAGAAAUUAAUGGUUUUCUUGCUCUUAGGCUGUAGCAAACUCCUGAAAUUUCUACCUAGCAGAUCUGUUAUCUACAGUAGUCAUUUCAGAGAUUACAAAGUCAGUAAAGCUGUUAUGUUGUGCAUGGAAUAGACAGAAGCAAACCAAGUGGACAGAUCACAGCAAACAAUCUGUAAGCUCACACAAUAAAAGAAUUAGGAAACUUGAAGACUUACUUGGGAAGGACCCAGAGGAAACAAAAGUAAAAAUUUUGAAAUAACUUUUCAUAUAUGUGAAAAAACAGAAUUAAAAAUUUGACUAAUACCUCUAAUAGAUUGAAAAGGACUGAGGGACGUGGCCAGGUAAUUUGAAAGAAAUGAUCACUGGAAAUUUUUCUUAAUUAAAAGUCACUCAAACUUAUAGAUUGAGAAAACAGUAUUCAUUAAAAAACUACCUCAAAAAAUAAAAAUAAAUCUAAUACAGAGAUCCUUAUAAAAUAUAAACUAUAUGUGUAAAGAAAGAAAUAGAUUACCAUGAUAAGAAUAGAUUGGAAUGACAGUAGAUACAUUCAUAAUAAUAGAUGCCAUAAUACAAAAAAUUAUAUGUUCAGUUAACUUUAAUUCCUAUCUUAUUAAUUCUUCGACAAGAAUAAAGUCAACUAAAUUCUCUCACAAAAUAUUAAAAAAUGUAUAAAAUCACUCUUGUUUCUAGAAAAAUCAAGAAUCUGUAAGUGUAUUCUUAGCUGCAAAGAAUUUAUAUACUGCUAGAUGAGAUGUGGGUUCAUUUUCUCACUUAUUUUCACUAAUUUAUGAUCUUAUAUUAGGUCUAUUAAUACAGUUCUUCUUCUAAUUUUUUCUUGAUUGACAUAAGCAAAAAUCAGCCUUGGGCUAGGAUGUACCUCAAGAGUAGAGUAUUUGCCUAACAUGACCACCUGGGUGCAAUUCCCAACACCACCGAUUUUUUUAAAAAAUCAGCCUUGAUUACACUACAUUUCACUCAAACAUUCCCAAAACUUGGCUGCUUAGUAUCACCUCAAUCAGGAUCCAGCAAACUUUUCUAAAUAGUUUAAAUAUUCUGUAAAUAUUUUAGGUUUUAUUAGACACAUAUGGUUUCUGUUGUACAUUCUUUUCAGUAUUUUUGACUUCCUCUUAAAGAAUGUCAAAACCAUAUGUACGGCUUAUAUGAUCUACACAAACAGAUGAUAGGUAGCAUUUGUUGGAGGAGGUUUUUGCUGACCCCAAUCUAACCUGUCAAUUUGACUGUCAUUGUCCUCUGCUGUCUUACAGUGUUCUUCUACAGACUCUAUUACACAAACACUAUACUUUGAUGCAUUUAACAUAAUAAAAUAUGUUCAUUACUGUUAUGGUUUAGAAGCCCCAAAAUCCUCAUGUUUGGAAGGUUAUUGGAUCACUGGGGCACUGUAUUCAUUAGUGGGUUAGUCCACUGAUAAACUCAAGUUGACUUGCUAUUAGAAUGUGAGUAUGUUAAAAAGGUCAAACACUGGUUUAUGUGCUGGAUUAUGUGCUAGACAGCUUUCUUUCACUGUGAUAAAAUACCUGAGAUAAAUAACAUAUAAGAAGAAAAGAGUUUUGUGUUUGUUUUAGCUUAUAGUUUUGGAGGUUUCAGUCUAUGGUUUUUUGACCUAUUGUUUUGGGCUUGAAUGAAACAGUGCAUUCUGCAGGGUACAUAUCAGUGUAAGCUACCACUUCAUGAUAGCCAGGAGGCAAAGAGAGAACAAGAGUCCAUGAUUCUAAUAUCUCCAUCAAGAGCCCACUCCACUGACCUAACUUCCUUCUGUUAUCCCCAUUUCCUAAAAGUCUCAAUUGCUCUCAGCAACACUAAAACAUAGCAACCAAGCCUGAAGCAUGUGAGCCUUUAGGGACACUUAUCCAAGUCAUGGUGUUUCACUGCUAGCACCCAAAGGCUCAUAUAAAAUGCAUUUAGACUUUCUUCAAAAUUCCCCAGAAUCUAACCUGCUCUAGAAUUGCUCAAAAGUUUAAGGCCAAAGUCACCUCUGAGACUCAAGGCAAAUUCAGCUCUGAACACCUGUAAAAAUCAGAAAGAACAAGUAAUCGCAAGAUACAAUGGUGUAAGAUAAACAUUCCCAUUCCAAAAGGAAUAGGGACCCAGAAAGAAAUAACUGGUCCAAAGAAAGACUGAAACUCAGUAGGGAAACAUUAGAUGGAGAGUUCUCCCUGCUCUGUGAUCCAGGAACACUGUGGCAGAAGUGACCUACUAAGGGCUUGAGCAGCCCUGUCCUUGGUGGCCGCAGUUUACAGGACCAUUCUCUUGGGCUGCUGAAGUAUGUCUCUAGUAGACUCCAGUGGCUUCUGAGUGAUUUGAUGGCCAAAUGUGAAGAAAUUCCAGAAAAGCAAUUUUACAGAUGAGUCUAUCAGAAUAGAGUACCGCAGACUACGAUUUUCAAAUGAAAGUCUUUGAAUUAACUUUAUAGCUUCACAUAUUUGAUAGGUAGGGUCUUAUCAAUUCCCAAGAUGUCCUUGAGAGACCUUUUCUGUUUUCCUGGUGCAAAACUCUUGAUUUCUUCUAAAAGGUUUCUAAUCUCCACAUUCUCUUUUGCCUUUACUCAGACUCUUCUUCUCACCAAGCUGUGAAUUUUUCAAAUAUUUCCACUUUGCUUUUUGUUCCAAAUUUACCCUGUAAAUUUGUCUAAAACCAUUUCUGUGACUGUUUUGCUGCCUUAGUAUUUCCUCUGCCAGAUAAUCUAGUACAUUGUGUUUAAGCUCAGCCUCUCACAAAGUCUCAGGGUAUGGACAAAUGGAAGCCAAUUUUUUUUUGCCAUAAUGUUAUGUAAUGUCAUAUGGGUAGCCUAUAGUCCAGUUCCCAACAUAGUUCUUCUGUUCAUCUGAAACCUUCUAAGCAUAUCUUAUACUGUCCUCAUUUCGUCUGAGUCCUCAAGAGAAUCUCCUUUAAGCUCUUCCUGGAGCGUUCCAGGCUUUCUCUAAGCCAUUUCUGCAACUUUUUAAAAUUCCUCUCACAGUCAGAUUCCAAAGGCUUAUGAACCACAUCUUCAGGUCUAGUCAUAACAAAAGCUUCAUUUUUGAAUGCCAAUUUUUUCUGUUAGCUUGCAUCACCAUGAAAAAUACCUGAGGUAAUCAACUUAUGAAGAAAGAUUUGUUUUAUCUUAUGGUUUCAGAGGGUUCAGUCCACGAUUGUUUGGGAUACUGUUUUGUCCCACUGUCUGGCAUAGUACGUAUGACAUAGUGGAGGCACGGGGUAAAAGAACAUUGUUCAUUAUUCUGUUUUCCAGGAAGCAAAGAGACAGAAAAAGUAAUUAAGUGCUGGUAUCUUAAUAGCUCCUCAAGGGGAUGCUCCAACUUCCGUUCACUGUCCCCCACUCCACAAAAUUUCCACCACCUCUCAAUAGCACCAUAGGAUAAAUACCUAGCCUUUAACACAUAGGCCUUUGGGAAACACUUAGCAGAUUGCAAAUGAAUAAAACUGCCACUCCUUGCAGGACCUCAGAAUUUUCAAAGAAAACCUAGAUAAAUCACUUAACAGGAUAUAUUUUAAGUUCAUGAUAAUUUCUUUCAAACCAUUAUCUAUUAUGAAAAUUCACAGGUAUAACCUAGAGAUUCUUCCUAAACUGUUCUCAUAAGCUUUUUUAAAAUACAGCAUUUCUACCAUAUAGAAAAAUACCUGGUCAUUUCAUAGUUCUUUUUUCACUGAUAAUGUGUUAGUUACACCAAAAGUUAUGCCUGUGCUUUCUCUCAUUCCUAUUUGUUUCUGUAUAUCCUUAUGUAUUCCUGUUAAUUAUUGUGGAGGGCUUCGACUUAGGGUGUUCAAAAAAUCACACAUGCCUUCUGCAGAGAUGGUGGCUAUCUGUGGUGUGUGUGUGUGUGUGUGUGUGUGUGUGUGUGUGUGUGAAAAAGGGGGUUAGGAAGAGGAGUAGCAGGAUGAAAGUCCUCUCUUAAUAAACAAGGGAACUGAUUUGCUUCCUUGAUCUUUUAAACAAACAAGAAAUCCCUGCGACUUCUCUUCCCCUCUCAGUCAUCAAUUACAUCACUCAAUCAAAAUCCUCUUGUAAUCACCUUCUAGCUCCCCACAUAGCCAGGGCUGUACAGCAUAACUCCGGCCAUAUCCACACCGAAGCCCCAGCAUUAGCAGGAUGUAUCAAGUUGCUUGUGAUGCUUCAUUCACCGUAAUCAGAAAAAGAAGUCAAGCGUGCACAUUCAUCAUAGUGACCGCGUAGUUUGUAGGUUAGGUGUUGUGAAGGGAGAAGAUAACUUUGAUUAAGUUAAGACAAACUAUAAUGGAUGAGAGUUCUGCUCAGGCCCAAUAAAUCACCAGAGCCUUUCUAUGCUAGCAGAAAUACGCAUCAUUGGUAAAUUAAAACUUGCUGGAGUGGCUAUGCUGAUGUCUUCAACAUAGCUUCCACCCAGACACCUCGCCAGAUGAAAGCUGGGAAAGGAAGUCUAGAUAGCUGUGUGAGGGUAUUUAUGAUGGGUGGAGAAAAUGCAUCACUCGUUUGACUUAUUCAGGGCUAUGCUUUCAUAAACUCCAGUCUCUUUAACUGUGAGAUGUGGUAGAAAGUCUCUGGUCUGAAUGUCAGCCUCAGACUGCCAACUGAGAUGGUGGUGUUGGGACCAUAAAUAUGGAUCAGCACUUUCUCAAAAAGCCUGGGAGUCAGAAGGCCGAAGGUGGCAUUUGAAAUAAGAAACUACAAGCCCUUUUGUUUUGAGUUCCCCUAUGUCUAUAAAUUUUGGGACUUUUUUUCUGCAGGAUUCUGAGUCUAUGAAUAAAAUAUGAGUGUGUUCUAUUUCUUUUUUCCUUAAUGAAAGAUUGCUCUGGAUAGCAGGACAUUCCCUGCACAAAGAAAGCUACGCACUGGGUUUAUUAACUCUUAGCAAAUGUUCGCUCGAUGCUGAGUAAGGAGGAGGUUUGGCGGUGCGGCAAGAUAAAAGGCUUCCCCACUUUGUGUUUAUCCUCUGGGUAAUGAAAAAACAAAUUGGCGAUUUUGUAUUUUUCCUGUUGGAAAUUCAUAAGGUCACCCAGGGAAAACAGAGAAGGUUAACUGGCAUGAACACUUGCCUGUGAGCAGGGUGUCAGGAGGGAAAGGUCAGAAAUGGAUGAAAUAUUCCAAACCAUAACCAAGGCUGCUACAAAUGCAAGGCUUGAGGAAAAGAAAUUGCAUGCAAUGAAAGUGACACCUUGGGAAUUUCCUGGCUGCCACACAAUGGAUUGUGGGUUUUCAGCAUGCAUGUGUUGCAAACACCUUUCAGAAAUCCAGAAAUCCAGUCAAACAAAAUCUCCCUUGUGGAAGCCCUUCAUUUUUUGCCAUUUUCUACUAUCUCCCACUCCACUGGGUUUUUUUUGUUGUUGUUGUUGUUUCUUGCCUCUUUUCUCCCAUUGCAUUCAGUUCCUCCAUUCUCUUUUCCUUUUUCAUCUCUCUGCUACUGAGAAAAGCUACUUACUAAGGGUCAAAAGGUGACAGUGUGAGAGGCUUGGGGAUCCUGAAGCUAUAGCCUCUGCAUGAUUGAUAACCUGCCCAGAGGUCAGAGUUCUGAAGUGCUGUAGGCCUCAGUUGCUAACUUUCCUUGACAUAGAGUGAGCCUGGUCCUUUCUUUCCUUUGUUAGACACGACUCGUGAGGAACCAGUGACACAGGAUUUCCUGCAAGAUUGCCAAGUAUUUUAGUAGAGUAUUUGCUGCAGUUACCCUGGUCAUUCCCCCGAAUGAAUAAAACGGUUUGGUUAAGGAUUCUGUUAAGUUAGAGGGCAAAGGUCAGGGUUGUUUCCUGCAAGCAAUCUUAUUUCUCUGCUCUGGAGAAAAUUGCCUUCUCUACCCUUUUAAGAAUUCCUAUUCUGUUCCACAUCAGUCCAGAAGGAUUUAGAGUUGGAAGGAAAUUCUUAUUCUGACUGAAUGACGCUUUUCCAGAAUGCAAAAGAAUCCUUGUCUUUGAUGGUGGCUACAGACAGGUGAUGUUUGUCACUAGCAUAAGAAAACAGAGAAGAAUUGAAGAAACAGCAUAAGAAGAUGAGGGGACUCGGAAGAGAAAUGGAAAGAUGGUAGCAGUAAAGGAUCAAUCUGUGGAAGGAGGAGAAUGCUGGAAAAGAGGAACAGCUGGGAGGGACUCCCUGCAAAGUGAAGACUGUUCAAGUGGAGGAAUGUUGCACAAAAUAAGUUCAUUGAGUGGAGGAUAAUGUCGAAUUUCAGUUAUUCCUCUUUGGCUAUCCUUCAUUAGUGGAAAAUUAUAGAAUUCAGACUGGAAAAGUACAACAUUUUCAUUUUAUCUCUGAAAGAAAAGGAAAAGCCAGAAGAUGCUCAGGAGGAAGCGACUGUGUAUAUUUUAAGUCUCGGCAGCAGAUUUGAAGAAAGCCAUGGUCCACAGAUUCUUCAAGUUGGAAGAUAUCAUUGACAUCCAUUAGAUCUGACUUACUCAUUUUGCCGAUGAGAAAAUCAAGGUCCAAGCUGUCAGAGGGACUUAUUCAAAGUCAAGGUAGCCUGGGCUACUGAGCCAGUUGUGAACUGAACCCAAAUGAUCUAUCUUGCUGUCAUGUGACUUCUCCAGCUGCUGCUAGAGCUGACCAUUUACUUCUCAGUGCAGGUGGUUGACCCCUGACAGAGCACUGAGUUUCUACCAGCUGCUCACCCCUCACAGCUCUGAUAGGAGAAGCAAUCAGGGCCACAAAAGCUUUCCAGGCAGGGGAGGCAUGCAACAAAACUGGCUUGGCUGAGGCACUUACUAGCAGCUGAGCGCAGUGAGCAGGUGGUGUAUAAAGAAGUCACAAUGCCAUAAGGUCCUGAUAAAUUACCUGUGUGACCUUCAACAAACCCUUGAAUCCCUGAAUCCAGACUUCUUACUCAGGAAAUGAUGGUGUUGGAUGGUCCCACGCACUUCUACCAUUUUAUCAUUCUGACCCUUUCCUUUCUGCACUUGGGGUAGUUAACAAGACUUAAUUGCAACAGCUGACAACAUGCCUGUCGUUUAUUUCACUCAGUGUUAGCCAUACUGGCCCUGAGAUAAAUUGGCUACUUUGCAGAAAUAUGCCCCAAAAAUGCAAAUUGAGCAACUUGCUAGCGCCUGGACUAUGAGUUCUAAGUCAGGAAAAGACGCGAGCAUAUGAAUUUCUGCUUAACUUCACUCUCUUUGAUUAAUGGACAUUAUUUCCGGUGAUAGCCAUAAAAUACAAAGAAUUUACACAGCAAGAAACUAGUUUCCUUAAUCCCAACCAGAUAAUAGGAAUAGAAUCCCAGGUGUUCUGGCUGAAGUACUUCACUAUCUAAUUGAAGGCAAAGAAAUAACAGUUAAUUCUGUCAUUGAUGACAUGGUCAUUAUGAAGAAAACCUAACUCCUUAAUUGUUUUGAAUUGGUUGCUCUCUUAUUUUAUGUUUUAAAAGGUGUCACUUCAAAGAAAAGGUUAUCUCUUGGCAGAAUUUACCCUUUAAAAUCAGUCUGAUAAUAGCCCAUUAUGGACACGGAGGGAUCAAUAAUGGGAAUCUGAAAAAUGGUUAGCUCUUGUCAUAUAUGAAGAGAAGAAAGCCUCUAAAAGAGAAUGUAGAGAGUAUUGUUCUAACAGUCUUAGAAAUGCUGUGAGGGCCUAUUAUGGUUGACACAUUGUGUUAAUUUGAGAAAUUUGGAAAUAUAACUAAGAUUCAGCAAGGAGCCAGGAUCCUUACUGUCAUGGUUUAUGUCUGUGUCCCCCAGGCCUCAUGAGUUUGCAUUGUGUAUUUGUGAUUGGUUCAUUGCCUAGUGCUUGGAUUGAUGGUGUCAGUGCUCCACCCACAUAGGGGUGGAGCCAGGAUGUGAUGUUAAUGGCAGGAAGAAGGUGUGUCUUGCUCUUUGCCAGUUUCUCUUUGCUGUUUGCAACCGCCAGGGCCAGCCAUGCCUGCCUGCCUGAGAGCCAACUGAGUGUGUACUGAAACCUCCAAAAACUGUAAGAAAUAAACCUUUCCUUUCCCAACUUGGGCAUCAGGUAUUUUGUCUCAGUGACGAGCAUAAAGUAACUAAGACAGAAUUUGGUACCGAGAGUGGGGUCGUUUGCUGUGACUAUAGCUGGCCAUGUUUUUCAAGAGGCUUUGGAAAUGGCUUGUGGGCAGAGUUUGGAAAGGUUUGGACGUGUCGCCUGGAUGCAUCGAGCUGGAGAAGCUUAGGCUGUUCUGUAGAGGAGAUACUGGUCAGAGCUCCAGAGAUCAGAAGGCUGAUAGAAAGCCUCAUGGUAAAGACCAGGCUUGGGAGGUUUCUGCUAGGAAGAAGGACUGCAUUGGUUGUUGGACUCCACAUGAUGUGUGUUAUGGCUUGGCAGAAAGUUUGUCUGCAUUUUGCUCCAGCCCAGAGACUUUGCCUGAGACUGAAACAAAGGGCAAUGGAUUGAUUAAUCUUGAAAAAGAAAUUAAAAAGCAAUCGAAUAUUAAGGCUGUGGCAUGGCUAAUGUUGGGGGCUUUCAGCAAGCUUUAUGUUUCAAAUCAGGAGCAUAGAGCCCAGCAGGAUAAUGUACAAUGCUGUGAGUUUGGCCCGAAGGAAAAUUCCAGGAAGGCUGUGGAUUGUAAAGACAGAGUUGAGAUUUUGAUUCCUGAGGAGAAACAGAGAAAUAAGAAAGAUGGCCCUGGGGCAUCCCAGGAAGUGGGUCCCUACCCUGUGCAGCCUCACAGCAAAGAUGAAAAAAUUUGCUCAGAGGGAAAAGCUGCAGAGCGCUAUGUUCCAGAAUGGCGGCAGCAGCCAUGUGAGGUUCCAGAAUGGCGGCAACAUAGAGAAGCUUUUUCUCACAAUCAGGUAAACAGAGCCCUGAGAUCCAGGCAACUGACCCCUACAGCCAAGAGAGAGAAAAGCCUGGCUACUGCUCCAGCUAGCAGCAAACCUUGGUGGCAUCCACAAGGUGCUGAUUUUAGGUGCAAGGAAAAUGCACAAAUUCUGAGGGUAAGAGGGCUUCCACCUCGAUUGCAAAGGGCCUGGCUGGCCAAGCAGUGUGCCCCUGAGAGGGCAAUUUGUGAAGAUGUAAAUAUGAAGCCAAAGGUACAGUGGAGACCCCAGAAGUUUGGAAAAGCCAGGAAUGUGGAUGAUCCAAGGGAAGCAGCAAAAAGCGAGCAGAGAAGAUUUAAGAGAAAAGCUGUGGGUGUUGAAAUCACUGGAAGUGCCCUGGGGGUGGAAUCACCCAAGGCUUUUGGAGCUUAUAACCAGAUUGCUUCAGAUGCUCAGCUUGGAACUCUAGGACUUAAUGUUCGUCCUGCUGGAUGUUUGACUUACUUUGUUUCCAAUGCUUUAUAUUCCCCUUUUUGUAACUUUUGGAAUGGUAAUGUUUAUCUUGUGCCUUUGCAUUACAGUAAUGUUUAACAUUGUUUCAUUUGUACAGGGGCUUACAGUUAUGAGUUUACCAUAGAUCUUGGAGGAGACUUGUGACUUGGACUGUUCAACAACGCUGAAACUUAGGACUUUGGCAACUCUUGGAGGUGGACUAAAUGUCUUUUGUGUAAAGGAUGUAUAUGAGUCCUGGGGGCCAGGGGUGGAAUGUCAUGGUUUAUGUCUGUGUCCCCCAGGCCUCAUGAGUUUGCAUUGUGUAUUUGUGAUUGGUUCAUUGCCUAGUGCUUGGAUUGAUGGUGUCAGUGCUACAUUCACAUAGGGAUGGAGCCAGGAUGUGAUGUAAUGGCAGGAAGAAGGUGUGUCUUGCUCUUUGCCAGUUCCUCUUUGCUGUUUGCAACCACCAGGGCCAGCCAUGCCCACCUGCCUGAGAGCCAACUGAGUGUGUACUGAAACCUCCAAAAACUGUAAGAAAUAAACCUUUCCUUUCCCAACUUGGGCAUCAGGUAUUUUGUCUCAGCGACGAGCAUAAAGUAAUUAAGACACUUACUUUGUAAACAUCCUCAGCAUGUGUAAGAGGAGGCACAUAGGUGAUGAGAGCACUACAUCCACCUUAGGGUGGGUAGGUAGCCUGCUUACAAUAUAAGGGAGGAGAAGUGGGUUUCUCUGCCCCACCUUUUGCUCUGGCCACUUUUGCUGGUUGCCACCUUGAAGUUGGUCUUGUGCCAUGCCAUCCUGCCUUGGUGCCAGCUGAUUAUGGACUGAAACUUCCACAAACAGUAGGCUAAACAAACCUUUCCUUCCUUUAUCUUGUGUGUUUUGUCUCAGCUUUGAGAGAAAAGUGAUCGGUGCAGUGCCCAUGUUCACAAAGCAUUCUUUGAGGUUUGAAAAAAGACUGGUUGAAAAAGCUGAAUUAUCAAAUAGCUUUGGGAUGUUGAACAAAGAUGGGGAAGCUAAGCCAAACUUCAUAGUAAUCAAACUUUAUAUUCACAACUGACAGAAAUAAUGUCAAAGAAAAGAACUAGGUAAUAGGGAAUAUUUAUCCACUCAUACAGACCAUAAUGUAGCUCUGACUAAUUGAUCAGAUGGGAGGCAGAUAUAAGAUUUGAAGGCACCAUCUUAUUCUUUACUAUUCUUUUCUCUUAAGGAGAAUCCAAAAGUUAAGUCAGGGAAUUCCUCAUUGUAUAUAACUGUGACUUUAAUUUUCAUGGUAACCGUUCAUUACAGAUUUCUAUUUUUAAUGACAUGACAUCUGUUUUCUUUCUUGAUAAGAGCUUUACUGUUAAAUGCUACACAGUGAUGUAAAAAAAAAAAAAACCUGAAGGUGGAAAAUGAAGACUAGAAAACAGGAAACAUCAGUUCUCUUAAUAAAUAUUCAUUUUGUGGAUGUUACAUGCCAGGCACUGUGCUAUUAACACAUCGGUCUCUUUUUCAGUUUUCAGAAGUUUCCUUCAAAUAGUGUGUGGAAUGAUAUCACCUAACAAAUGCCUUCAUUCAUAACUUCUUGGAAGUCACGUGUUAAAUUAACAAGGACAAAGUAGCAGUGCACUUUUAUUCUGUCUAAUUUCUUACAGUCUUAUCACCAUAGAAAAAUCUGUGGUCCAUCUCCUAACACAUUUAAAAAAUGCGAUUCAAUUUUUAAAUAAAAUUAUUAGUAACGCUA